GGGAAAGUAUCCUGUGCUUCUUUAUAUUCUGAUCCUCCAAACCUGCUCUAUUUAUUGUUUCCCCUCUAGCCUGAGAACAGUGUUCUUCUGUUUUUUCUUUCCCAGUUCCUAACAUGGAUAAAGGUCAACCUGAACCAGCAGCACCUCCAUACCCUGGACCCCCCUUGAACCCUAACUAUGGAUUCACCUACUCCAACCCUGGUAAGACCAUUGAACCUGGUGUCUUUUAAUUUACAUUUCACCAUCACUAAGUAUUCAAUUGUUCUGAUUUCUUGGUGUUGUUGUUUUUGUUGUUAGUCCAUGUGAUUGAAACCGUUUAGCAUCAUCUGUAACGAUCUGCUCUUGUAACCUGUCUGAUGUUUCCCUCUUCUUUCCAGAACAACAACCUCCUUACCAGUACAGCCCACAACAGCCUGCAGUCCUACAGACCGGUAAGGCUCUUUCUCUGGAGAUCUCUUAUAAAAUUGAUAAACUUAGUGAUUUAAAAGUUCCCACAAGUGACCAAGAUGUGAGUUCAGUGUUAGGCCGAGAAAGUAGAGUGGAUUAUGGGUGAUUCUGACAGUGUGUUGUGUUUAUUCCGUACAGUGACGGUGCAGCAACUACCCACUUUUGUUCCUGUUCAGAUGAUGUGUCCUCACUGUCAAACCACUGUCACCACUGAAAUCAAGUACCAAAGUGGUGCGAUCACCUGGCUAGCUUGUGCCCUAACUGGACUAUUCUUGUAAGCAGAAACCAAAUAUACAAAGAAAGAUAUACCUGCAGUUUGUUAAAGAUUUGUUCACUGUUACUCUAUCAGGGCACUAGGAGCAGCCCUGCAUGUUGCUAUUCAAUAAAUAGAAAGGUUUACAUACCAUACAUUGCUGUGAGUAAGUUUAACUUGAAUCUUGUUCUAAUACCCCUCUCCAGGUGCUGGCCUUGCUGUUGUAUCCCCUUCUGUGUUAAUUCUUGUAAGGACGCGGUGCAUUACUGCCCUAACUGUCGACGAGACCUGGUCAUCUACAAACGUCGGUGAAAAAGAGCUGCAGAGUCAAGUCAUAUUUAUUGAUUACUUACCAUUAAUAAUUAAAAGCUUUAAAUCAUAAUCAUAACCACGUCACUGCCUGAGCAAGAAUCUGAUGAAAAUAAACAAAACAAUGCAUCAUCAUCAAAGAAACAGACUCUUCAUGUUUUCUUUUUAUUUCUUUGCCAACAGUUACCUCAGACAGUUCUUUUUUUUAUCAUGAAAACAGAAAAGAACAAGCAAUAACCAAACCAAGAUGCCUACUUAUGGUUGUGUGUAUUGUUUUCUCUUUGUGUACAGUUUAAUUACACACAGUAUGUUGGCACAUCCAGCACUUACUCGCACUUGUUUUCAUCAAACAUGUUUGAGUUUAGUGCUAUGGGAAAUCCGGAGAACUCUCACAGUGCCAUCUAGAGGAAGAAGAGAGAAGAUGAAGGUGCAAAAACAGCGUUAAAACCAUGUGAGCGGGUGGUUAUGUGACACAGGAAUUUGACAGGGUUAAAAAACAGAAAAUGACUCAAGUCAAAGGGAAAGUCUCCCAUGAGAAUUCCACACGUGUCGAAGCCUUGAAGUAUAUCACAUUCUCUCUACUGAAGUAUCCAAAGUACUCAAGUAAAUGUACUCCAAGUAAAAGUAAAAAGUCAAAGUACCACUAAAUAUAUUUUUAUUUUUUGCAAAAGUCACUUGUGCCCAAAUAAGCACACAUUUCAGGUGGGUGCAAGCAAUAGCUUAGAAAACAUAAAUGGACACACACAAACACACGCACACACACACACACACACAUACACACACACACACACACACACACACACACACACACACACACACACACACACACACACACACACACACACACACACACCAAUCAGGAGAAACAAGAGUGCAUCCUCCUACAGUUCAGAGGGAACUUAUACAGAAGUUGGGCAUGAUGAGAACCAUCAAGCAGACACUGGACAUUUAGGUGGGUGCAAGCAAUAGCUUAGAAAAAUAAAUGGGACAAACGGAAGGACAGACCCCUGAUUACAGCACUGAUCAGGAGAAUCAAUAGUGCAUCCUCCAACAGUCAAUGAACUUAGGACACCAGUUGGGCACCAUGAGAACUAUCAAAACAGCCACUGAACGUUUAGGUGGGUGCAAGCAACUGCACAGCCUACAGGCGGCUGCGGACAUGCUUGAGUGACUGAUUGACGAUGAUCAAGCACAAUCCAAGUCAACAUUAGGUAAAGGAGAAAAGUAGUUUUUUCCCCCUACCACUGUCAUAGUAACAAAGUAAAAAUAGUAGUAGCAAAGAUGCUUCUGUGAAAUGUAGUGGUGUAAAAGUAUACUUUUAUUUUCAGAAAUGUAGUCAAGCAAAAGUUGCUGGCAUAAAAAAACUCCAGUAAAGUACACAUACUUCAAAAUUAUACUCGAGUACUGUACUUAAGUAUUGCUACUUAUUUACUAUACAACACUGACAUAAACAAAUGCCAUGCAUAAGGGGAUUUAAAUUGGAACCACCUGGCGUAAAGGAUGCAUUACUCUCAGUGGCCCGGCCUUUUCUUCCACAAAUAUUUGCAUAUGAAAUAUACUUUAGAAUUUCUUUUAAACUUGUGGCUCCAACUAUCAGGAACUGUAUUCCUACCUAAAUACACUGUGCUGUCUCUCCUGAUGUAGAAACAUUUGUUUAGACUGGCUUUUGACCAUCUGCUGUAAUUGUUGCGUGAUAGUGUUUUAUUUGUUACCUUUGCUAUUUUAAUUUGUUUUGCAUCUAUUCUUCUCUUUACUGUUGUUGUUCAUAUUAUUGCUAUUUAGUGAAGCACUUUGUGACUCUGCUCUGUGAAAGGUGUUAAAUCAAAUAAACGUUCCCUAAUUACUGAGUGAAAAAAAAAUCUUCAUGAUAAAUGUGUGAAAGUCUAUGUGGUUGAAUACUCUGCAACACAUUUGACUAAAGUUCACAAAAGUCUUUUACAGUGUUGCUCUACCUUCUAGCAAAAUUACCUGGAGACUUCCUCAUUAUCCCUCAUUCAUCAGAGGAGGACAGAGUAACACGCUGACACACAUCUUCCUAAAGUCAUCAAGGUAAGCAGCUUUUCAUCCUCACUCAGACUGAUGCAAACAUUUUAAAACAGGCUCAAAGUAACGCUGCAUAGUAAUGGCUUAACUAGAAAAUUUCUUGUUCUAUUUUUUCCGUCAGACAUAUAAAACAGCUUUUUUAAAGGUAAGUUUUUUGUUUGUUUGUUUGUUUGUUUUUAAGGUAUUUAUUCUGUUAUUCAUAGGAGAAAGUUUGCUCUAUAAUCUGGGAAUUUUAUGAUGGUGAAAUUGACUAAAAAACAGAAACUGAGAUAUGUAUGUUAUGUCAUGUCCUAUGAUUCGCUAUGAGGUAACACGUCAACAGUAGAUCAAAAUCAAUGGUAAAAUAAUUAUUGUUGGUUCAAAGUUACCAUGCUGUAAUCACAGUAACUGGUGGACUUUAGCCAAUCACAUAUAAAACAACGGUAUCUCAAUCAGAGUGACUUAGCAUAGCUGUCAGAAAAAUCUAACAUUUUACAGGAAGUUUGACAGCACCAGUCUUUGUAGGAGAAUCUAUUUGAUUCAUUUGUCUGGUCAGAAAGUUCAGUCAUACCUCUCAUUUUCUCUUAUUCUCAGUUUAUCCCUGGGUUUAUGCAAACAAGUCAUUAGGAGCUUGAUCUCAACAGGACAGACUGUCACUGACCUCAUGGCAGUGGUUACUGUAAAUGUUUCAGCUGAACUUUUUUGGUUAAACAAAGGUUUCUUUUCUGCCUUAGAAAAUGAAGUCUACUAAAAGGAACAACCUCAGCUUUUGAAGCUCAACUUCUCAAAAGAUUUUAAAGGGCACUUGAAAGAUUAUCUGUAAACUUUGACUUUCUGAAUCAAAUACUUUUAUUGCGUGGUGAUUUUAUCAAGACUGACCUCAUAGGGACACAAAAUUAGAUCAAUAAUGAUUCCAGUAAAUGUUACUCAUGAUCAUAAAAUCAGUCACUAUCUUUUAAAACUUACAGUAAAUUCAGUGUCAGCCUUUUACUCAUAACUUCUUGUAACUGUUGUCAAGAUUAAGUUCCUGGCAGGGACAUUUAUUACUUUUCGUAAUCAAUACUUUGACCCUUCACAAAAAAAGCACAGAUUCAAUUGGAGCAAAGCACUGAGCAGUUGCUUAUUAAGCGAGUUUAUGCACACAGACGUAAUUUGUAUGUGUGUGUGUGUGUGUGUGUGUGUGUGUGUGUGUGUGUGUGGUCCCCUGCAGUUUUAACCAUCUAAAAAACAAUGUUACUUUAUGCUAUAGCAAACCAAUGAACAUCAUGCACUAGGAACAAACGGCCUCUCAAGCUGAAAACUGGUUUCCCUUGGUUUGGACAGCCUACAAGGUCCUCGGUUAGCUCUGCCGCAGGGCUGCUUCUCAUGUGUGAUUAGCCAUCCCUGCUAUAAGUCAGCUGGACUAGUGUUUUGCAAGUUGCUUGUUAGAGUCAGUCCGUAAACAUCGCUAUUCGCCUACAUAAGUUUACAGGGGGGCGGCCUUUAUUUUCCCUCCGUAACGUCACAUUCAUUGGAUGUUUCAUCUACAUCCCUUUAUCGGCUCUGUACUUCCAUCCACCCGCUGGCUGUACUGCCUUCUCUGUUACUGUGUGCGAGAUGUGCUGUUUGCUAGGCUAUAUGUAAGAACAGGAACUGAAUUCUGGAAUGAAUAAAGAAAUCUGGGCUGAACAUUGACGUUUGAAUCCGCUUGUCUCUGUGUUUGGUAAUUAGGCGCAGCCAGGAUGUCGAAAAAAAGAAGAGUCAAAACAAGAGACUUCUUUUGAAGCAAGUCAAAAUAUCGACAGCAGAUACCUAGAGAUGAAUCAUUUGUCUUUUUAUUUCAACACCUGAUCAAAUUCUGCAAAUAGACUAGUUCUUUUGCCAAAUCUACAGCUUCUGUUUGCAGUUGGCAGUUUUAAUCUCCAAUACUGAACACUGUCCAUACAAUACCAGGUCUCCACAGUACUAUAUUUACUCAUCAUACAUCUGCAGCAGAAUAUAUGAUCAGCCUGCACCAAGUCAUCUCUAAUGAGAGUCCUUCUCAGUAGGUAUAAAACAACAUAGAGUAAAUGAGGGUAACACCCAUAGACCUCAUAAUUACUGGGCAUAGCAUCAGUGACGUAACCCAUUUGUUUCUGAAGGCGAGUUUUAAAGCCUCCUGUCAGCAGUCCCCAUAUUGGUAAGGCUGACUCAACCUAACUUUAGCCAACCUACCAGAGGCAAGCCCUUAGCCUCCUUGCAAAUGGCUAGUGUGCCAAUCUGUCAGUCAAGUCAACUGUGCUGAUCUUGUCACCUCAAUAACUUAAAAAAUAUAUACAAUAGAAAAUAAUUCACUCACCGUGCAGUGGGUGCUGUGGGAGGCCCUAGUUUUCUCAGACCAAUAUAUUGUUAACAGGGCUGUAAACAUGUUUAUUUUUGCUCUAAAUACAGAAUUUUUUUGUUAAGUGUGUAUUUGGUUUCAGUGCUUUUGCAACCAGCCUUGAGUGGGCACUUGAGAAACUGCAACUUUUAGCUCUUCCGAAUUGGCUCAGUCCCCUCAAGUCCAUAUUCCACAGGAUCUGAGUUGAGCAUGUUCCGCAGCGAAUACGUUCCCAUUUUAAUCAAUGCAUCAUACCACACAGGAAGCGUCUCUGCUCCGGCUUGACGCUCUGCUCUGCUCUGCUAAAGAUAUGUGCCAAGUCUAUUUUUGAUGCCCUACACUUCAAACACGCAUUCAUUUCAACAGAGCAGAUAGCAUCAGACAAGAAGUCAAGCACAUGCAGUGUAUACUGAAUCUAAAAAACUUCUAAAUUAAACACCAUAUGAGGAUAACUUCUCGAUAACAAAAAACAAAAGAGAAAGGUGAACGCUACCUUGUGGCGCUACGUGGUACUGCAGGAGCACAGCAUUAACCAGAGUCUGGUCACCAUGUGAAAGUAUCCUAUGCUUCUUAAUAUUCUGAUCCUCCAAACCUGCUCUAUGUAUUGUUUCCCCUCUAACCUGAGAACAGUGUUCUUCUGUUUUCUCUUUCCCAGUUCCUAACAUGGAUAAAGGUCAACCUGAACCAGCAGCACCUCCAUACCCUGGACCCCCCUUGAACCCUAACUAUGGAUUCACCUACUCCAACCCUGGUAAGACCAUUGAACCUGGUGUCUUUUAAUUUACAUUUCACCAUCACUAAGUAUUCAAUUGUUCUGAUUUCUUGGUGUUGUUGUUUUUGUUGUUAGUCCAUGUGAUUGAAACCGUUUAGCAUCAUCUGUAACGAUCUGCUCUUGUAACCUGUCUGAUGUUUCCCUCUUCUUUCCAGAACAACAACCUUCUUACCAGUACAGCCCACAACAGCCUGAGGUUCUUCAGACUGGUAAGGCUCUUUCUCUGGAGAUUUCUUAUAAAAUCGAUAAAAUUUGUGAUUUAAAAGUUACCACAAGUGACCAAGAUGUGGGUUCAGUGUUAGGCCUGGAGGAAAUUAUGGGUGAUUCUGACAAUGUGUUGUGUGUAUUUCUUACAGUGACGGUGCAGCAACUACCCAUUGUUGAUCCUCUUCACAUGACAUGUCCUCACUGUAAUACUGUUGUCACCGCUGAAAUCCGUUACGAGAGUAGUGGGACCACCUGGCUGUGUUGUAUCUUAAUUGGACUAUUCUUGUAAGUAGAAACCGAAAGUACAUAUAUGCUAUUCAAUAAGUCAAAAGGGUAUACAGACCACACAUUGUUGUUUUUAAGUCUAACUUGAGUCUUGUUCUGAUACUUUACUCCAGGUGCUGGCCUUGCUGUUGUAUCCCCUUCUGUCUUGAUUCUUGUAAGAACCAAGUGCAUUACUGCCCUAACUGUCAUCGAGCAAUGCAGUCAAGGAAAUGAUGAAAUAAACAAAACAAUGCAUCAUCAUCAACAAAACAGACUUUUCAUGUUUUCUUUAUAUUUCUUUUCUAACAGCUACCUAACACCGUUUUUGCAUUAUGAAAACAGAAAAGAGCGAGCAACAUUUUUUUUCUCUUUGUGUACAGUUUAAUUACACACAGUAGGUUGGCACGUCCAGCACUUACUCACACUUGUUUUCAUCAAACAUGUUCGAGUUUGGUGCUAUGGGAAAUCCGGAGAACUCUCACAGUGCCAUCUAGAGGAAGAAGAAAGAAGAUAAAAGUGCAAAAACAGUGUGAGCGGGUGGUUAUGUGACACAGGAAUUUGACAGGAUGAGACAAGAUGCAGUUUGAUUCUCUGGUUUGGUACUUCUUUAAAGAUACAAACAAGCUGACAUUAGACUGGAUAAAUCAUGUACAUAGUCUCACUUGGUGAGUCUUGCAAAAUACAAAGAGGCGGGGUUGACACAGGCCUUACACCUUAUUUCUGAUAGUUACAGAGUGCCUUAAGUCCAGUCUUCUGAACUUAUUUGAGCCAAACUCAUAACCUUGAUAAUUUCAAAUCAGUUUCAGAAGUGUUAACAUCUUACAGCAUUAAAAAAAAAUAGAGAAACAAGUUAUCCCAGACUGUGUACAAUUGUGGUGUUAAGAUGUGUGUGUCAGAAUGAGUGGGUAUGUGUCUUCUGCUGCCAGGUGAAACACAUAGCAAGCUGCAGUUUUAGCACUAAACACCUGCUUUAUCUCUAGGCUGGAGGCUGCUGUUUAGUUGACACUGAGUACUGAUAUAAAAAGAUUUCACUGAUUUAAAAAUGUAUUUUUUAUACAACUGUACGGCUUUUUUGAAACCAUCACAUGAGUAGAGUAUGUGUGCAUAUGUGUGAGUGUGUGUGUAUGACAGGGUUUCAGCAUGGACCAUGUUCAUAGGGGGUUUGCAUCUUUCCCCUACAAACCAUGGCAUGAUGGGAUUUGUAAAUGGCUACAAUCGAAUAGUUUUUAUCAUAAAAUUAUUUAAUGUUAAUUUUUUUUACUUCAUUCUGGUGGGUACAAAUUAUUUUUCCAAGGGUCAAAAUACUGGAUUAAAACGCAAUUAAACAACAAAAGCAGAUGGAGAGAUACACUUAAUGACAGAGCUCUGUGUGUCAAGUUUGAUAGAAGACCUUGCUGAUAAGUUGCAAUGCUGGAGACAGUUUAAUAGUUAGCUAACAUCAUGUAACAUUGAAGGACAACAGGUCGCAAACACUUGUGCACUUGGAAUGUAGUUAAUUAUGUUUUCUGUGAGCGACUGAUGUCUACGGAAGCUUAUUAGGGCCACUUGAAAAGAUUUUUUUUCCCUUAAUUUUCAAGAAAAAAGUCGAAAAUUUCGAGGAGAAAAUUGAGAUUUUUUUUCCUUAAUUUUUGAGAAAAAAGUCGAAAAUUUCGAGAAAAAAAGUCGAAAAUUUCAAGAAAAAAGUCGAAAAUUUCAAGGAAAAAAAGUAGACAUUUCGAGAAAAAGGUCACAGAUCUUCCGUUCACAGAAGUACUGGAAAGUAGUCACUCGAGCUGACGGAGACAUAGCGUGUUUUGGUUUUUUGGUGCUGAAAUGGACGACUUAAUUAGAUGCUAUUUCGGGAUUGGCUUAAACAACAAAGAGAUCCUUGGAGUCUUGGCACAGAAUCACAAUAUUGUGAUUUCUGUCUGGACUUUGAAGAGGUGGUGUCGCGAACAUAGCCUUUUUAGAAGUAAAAAUCAGAGCGACAUUGACAACGUGAUAGCUUUCGUGAUGUCACAAGAAACCAUAAGACAGAUCCUCAAGGCACUUGAUCCACAAGGGGUGGAACUGAGACGGGCACAUCGUCUGAGGCGGCGUGAGUGUACAACUCACGGGCCUAACGCACUUUGGCAUAUGGAUUCCUAUGACAAACUGAAGCCAUUCGGGAUGUGUAUUAAUGGAUGCAUUGAUGGCUACAGUCGCUAUGUCUUGUGGAUGGAGGCGUAUACCACCAACAAUGACCCUUAAGUCAUUGGGCUCUAUUUUGGUGCCUCGCCGGAGACGUGCCACAAGCGCAGAGUCAAUCAGAUCCGCCGCGCUGACAAGGCGUUCCCAAGCACAUUUUGGUAUUUUGGUGAGCCGCACAGCCCGGCGUAAGUAUCCCCCCUCCCUAACUCAGCUCCUCCCGGCAGCAUAAAUCAUAGACGGGGAGGAGAGGGGGUUUAACACAGCCGAGACCUGUUUUCACCAAUCACAUUAGCUCCUCUCCUCGCCUUUAAAUCCGCCACAGGCGAGGCGUAUUACUAUUUUCAUGAAGUAGUCAAAGAGAUCAAGAGAUGUCUGAAGACAGUUAUGCCACACGAUGGCGACAGAGGGCAGCUGCUCAACAAGUGUCCUCCACACUCUCUCAUCUGAGCACAGAUGGAUUUGGUGUGCGUAAUGUUGGACCCACUGGUAAGACAAACACCCUUUUCCACAAAUAAAGACACUCACAUAAAGUUGCAUAUAUUCAAACCUCACGUGACAAAGGUGGGUUGAGCGCACGGAUCACAACAUAAACUCCAAAAAGGCAUUAAAAUCGGAACCAUCUGUGCGUAAAUGACGCAUCGCGCUCCGUGGCCUGGCUCUUUCUUUCAUAGAUGUUGGCAUAUAAAAUAAAUUUGGCUCACAAAACUGAAUAUUAUAAUAUCCGUAUGUCGGCUUAAAGUAGAUCACGCAUCUGAGCACUGAAACAAAUCAUCUGUUCAGCCGCAGCAGCAGCAGGAAGACGGACAGAGGACACGGAGACGUGUCCAGGUCGAGCUGUGCGAGAAAUAAGAGGAAGAAAGAAAAGGAGGGAGACACAUUACAUAUCUUGUUAACUUCAUCAUGUGCGUUUAUUUACUAGAUAUUUAAUUUAAUUUGAUGCAGUUUCAGCUGUAUUGAUUCGGUCAGGUUGUGUGUCCAAACGCGUGCCAAACGCGCUCAUCAGAUCAGAUAUAGAUCAGAAUAUAUCGAUAUAGAUCUAAAUGUAUGUGCUGACUCAGAUUAAUAGUUGAUGAUGAUUACUUAUUGCACUGAAAUGUGCCUGACACUGUGGAAACCUGCCGGUGAGGCAUCAGUGACGUAUGUCGAUACGCCGCCGGUCUACCAAAAUACUACUGGACCAGCUGCGUUCCGCCUUGCGCUGAAAGCUGACCAGGUUUGAAUCGGCGAGCUUUCAGCGCAUGUUACACGCCAGUGGCGAGCACGAAAAUGUCACUGCGCCAGCUGAUUCUGUCAACACCUCCCCCUGCCAUGCCACCACGCCCAGCUUGGCGGAUCUCGGCUCGCCUCCAUGCAACUCAGUCCACGAAAAUACCAAACUCGCCUUACACCGGGCUCCGCCAGACGAAAAUACAACUGCGCAGGGCUCGCCGCCCUCCGCCGCCUCACCGGCGCGAACGAAAAUAGAGCCCAUUGCCUCCUACUACAUUUAGUGCAUUGAGCGUGUGGGGGGCUGUCCAGAGCGGCUGCGAGCAGACAGGGGGACUGAGAACGGCCAUGUUGAGGGCAUGCAAAUCUUUCUACGAAGAGAACAAACGGAUGCAUUUGCCGGUGACAAAAGCUUCCUGUAUGGGCGCAGCACUGCAAAUCAGCGCAUUGAAUCUUGGUGGGGUAUUCUUCGCAAGCAGAGCGUGCAGUUUUGGAUGAACCUUUUCAAAUCAUUGCAAGAUGCCGGCCACUUCUCUGGUGAUUCCUUGGAUAAGAGUUUGAUGCAAUUCUGCUUCCUCGAACGAGUUCAGGUAGUUGUUGUUUGCAUCAUCCUUACAGAGGAUCAUUACAGCAUCAUCUUUACAGAAGAAAAUAGAAGAAACUGUUUUAAAUCAAUUAAGUGAAAAAGACAUUGAAAUAAAUUAAUAAAAUGUAAUUUUUUUUAAAUCAAUAGAACAAUUUAAAAUCAGUUUGACAGCAGAUAAAACAGUAUUAACCAUCCUUUAUUAACAUAUUAACAUUAAUAUUAACAUACUAAUUUACAUUCACCCUUUUCAUUUCUACUUUCAUUGCCCUACCUACAUUUGCUCCUAUAACUUAUUUUUACAUAACUGCACAUAACCAUUGUCCACCUUAACUUAUGUAUCUGCUGCACAUACUGUAAAUGCAACAUGCAAACAUCACUCUUCUUGUUAUAAAUUCUCCCUGUGUAAUGGGGAGAUACUGGUAUGUUUACAACAGAUAUAAGAUGUUUAUAAGUCAAUUUGAGAACGUUCUCAGUUGAUAUAAUGAGUUAUAACUAAGUUAUAUUUUGAGUCAUGGCAGCAAGUGACUGUGUGUGCCUAUGACUACACACACUAUAACUACACAAUCACAGAACUUCAGACUGUUACAGUACUAUACUACUGUACUGUAUUUCCCUCUACAUCACAGUGUAGUAGGCCCACUGUAAAAAUGAUUAGUAAAUGUAUAUCAACAAUAUCAUAUUAUCAUGUACUGUAGUAGACCUAAUUAAGAUAAUGAACAGAUCUGUUGUGUGUCACAUUUAAUUUUAAUUUCAUUUCUCUUUAUAUUGUCUUACAGAAAGAGCUGGAUGAGGUUGUACAGACAUGGAAUGCACAUAGAACCAGACCAGCUCCAUCCAGGGGGGAGUCUGGAGGUCGGCCAGUCCUACUCUACACAGACUUGCAGAUUUAUGGUUGGGACGACAGACUGAAGUUGUUUGAUCAAGAGGAGGUUGAUCUUUGUAAGGAAGAGUGCACACCCAAGGGUCAGUUGCUUUGCCAUGAAACUGUCUAUGAUCUAUCAGUUUUGCUGAUGCAGGAAAAUGGAUGGAACACUCCAAAAGAUGCAUUUGAAGCUGCUGAACUUAACACACUGUUACGAGAGGAGAUAUAAUCUUUGAGGAUUUCACCCACCCUGCUGUGCCCAUCACCACCUUCUGCCCAUCAGCACUGCCUCCGCUGCUGCGCAUAUCUCCUCUGAUGUCCUUGCUGCCAUGGCCAUCACCGCCAUGUUCUGUGCCUUGGCUGCUAUGUUUUCUGUUGUUUCCUGCUGUGUGUUUUAAACUGUUGAGAUACUUACAUGACUGUUGUAAACUGCUUCAAAUGUGCCAUGACUGUUUCAUCUAUAACCAUUUUAAUAAAGUGAAAAUGUAAACUCUGUUUAUAAAGCAUUUAUUAUGAAUUGUUUUUGGAAAAAUUAAGUUGAAAAUUUUUUUUCAUUUAUUUAUUUAUUUAUCUAUUUCAAGCGCAAAUAUGUCUGAACAAAGUGCAUGUGAGAAGCCAAAACAUCAAAAGCAGGCUUUUUUUGCACAUUCAUACUUUAAACAUAACACGAGUUCAAUGAACACAUAGCUCCAAUUAUAAAGUAUUAAAGAAAGAAGAAAAAAAAACAAUCAGCGUAGGUCUGGUAAGUUAUUGUAACUAUCUGACACGAGACUGUGGCUAAUGGGUCUUCUGGAGAAGUGUGACAUUUCUGUAAAGACAGCCUGGAUUUUACUACAUAGAGUACUUCAAGUACACAGAAAAAAAACAUCCAUGAGAAAUCCACGUGACAAGGCAAAACAUGAAAAACAGUCAUGCUGAAAUGCACAGACCUGGAGUUCAAUGAACAUAGCUUAUACUAUAUUGAGAAAUAAAAAAAAACUGUAAGUUUUCAUCAUCCCUGAGCAAUAAUGCAUGUAACAGGAUAAACAUUCUGCAAACAUCAAAAAGCCUUAACAAUAUGCAUUAUCCAGAUAUCCAGAUAUCUUGACUGAUUCUUACAGAAGAGGAUGAGGAUUUUUUAUUACAUUGCUACCAGUGGUAAAACACAGAUUUUUCCAAGACAGUCGUCAUCAUCCCUUUUAAAUCUCAGGUGGUUUUCCACCUCUCACUGCGUUGAGGUGGAGACCUCUUCAAAUUCCAGGUGGCCUUGGACACUCCUGGGAAUUCUGCAAACAUUAGAGGCCUAAACAAUGUCCAUUACCCAGAUGUUGCUGUCUAAAACUGCAUUGAAUUCAGACCUGAAAUCUCGGAAGUUGUCAUAGUUAUCUGACACCUCCAGCACACAUCCACAUGUGUGGCCAAUGGGUCUUCUGGAGAAGUGUGACAUUUCUGUAAAGACAACCUGGAUUUUACUACAAAUUAUUACAUCGCUACCAGUGGUAAAACGAAGAAAUUUUCCGAGACGAUCCUCAUCUGAUUCUCUUAGGUACCGUUUCAGGUGGUUUUCCACCUCUCGCUGCUUUGAGGUGGAGACCUCUUCGAAUUCCAGGAGGGCUUGGACUUUCCUGGGAGUAGGUUUGAGUGCCUCGUAGCGUUCCAGCAGGUCAUCCAUGCUGAUCUUUCCCUUGAUCACCUCCUUCCAGCAGUCCAUAACGUAUCUUGGUUUUUGAAUUAGUUAGGUUGAUUUCCUCCAAGAGCUGUGGAAGUGUGUGAGCGUUGACCAUGUUCCUGCACUCAUAUGUGUCCAGCACAUCCAUGAGGUCAUUGUAAUCCACCUUUGAGAAAUCCUCAAAUGCUGUUUUGAGGAUGGCCUUGUCCUGAAAACUGACAAAGUGCAGGAAGCUUUCUAGGAUGUCACUGCACACAGAUCCAUGAAAGAGGUCCUCCAUCAGAGGAAGAGCCAAUUUUACAGGCAAAUACUGACAGGUUUGAAAACCUGAAAGCAAGAUUUAAUGUGCAGUACAUGAGUUCACCAGAGAGUAGGAGCAUGUGCUGGAAAGCAGCUUGUAGCCUUCCUGUUCAGAUGAAGAAGUGUUUCCCUCUAGUGACUGUUACUACUCCUCUACUCUACUGCCAGUGUCUAACGACAAGUGAAGCACCUCCACUACAAACAGAAAAAGAAAUGGAUAUCCAAAGCUUUUUCAAAAAGUGGACGGUGCGGACUGCUUCACCACCACCACCACCACCAGCGGCUGCUGCGAAACAGACUGAUGUUGCAGGUUUGUGAAGCUUUUACUGAUUUUGCUAGCUGGCUGUCAGUAAUGUAAGUUGCUGCUGUGUGUAUGUGUGUGUGUGUGUGUGUGUGUGUGUGUGUGUGUGUGUGUGUGUGUGUGUGUGUGUGGUUUUUGUGUAGGAAGAACUGGACAGUGCAAGUUAAGCUUGCUUUCACCUGAACAGUUAAAAAUAGCUUCCAACUCACAAAAACACAAUAUUCAUUAUGCCACCACAUGACUCCCCUCCCACAAGACCACAGUGUUUUUGCCAAAAUGCCCAAAACUGAUGCAAAAAAUGUGGGUCAACCAUGCCGGUGCAUGUUCUGCUAGUCCACUUGUAGGAAUGUCAAGGGACACAACAGUUUAACUAUUUUAUUAAUGAUGAUAGAAACAUGUACUAAGUACUUUUGUUUACAAAGCAUUCAUAGGCCUGCUAUUUUAUCUUGUAGGCUAAUGAGGUGUUAAUGGCAACUUGCUGUGUACGUUAGGGAUCUUAAACAGAUACAUUAAUGGCCUUGUGUAUCUUGGAUAGCAAAAUACGGCAAAUCCACUGGGACAAAACUGACAGGAGGACCAGCGUGGCUCUGGUGACCUUCAUAGACUUAGUACCACACUGCCACCCACUGGACGCCAGUGGUAGAGCAAGGUCUGUGAGUGCACUUUGGCCCAAUCCCAAACUGCCCCCUACAUACUGGCCCUUCACUACCGAGUGUCACUCGUAAUGAAGUUACACUCGCAACUGUGGAGUGCACCUGAAUUGGAAUGGGAGGGUAUAAACAAGACGGGCAGGUAUGAGACGCCCUCCUCACUCCACUGGAAAAUGGAAAGAUUAAUCGCCAUAGCAACACAAGACGCGUUCUGUGCAAGGCAGCGUUUUUCUUUGUAAAUGGACAUGUUCGAUUCUGAGCCGCUCGGGCUGCCUUGUUUCUUCAUCCUCCCAGUAAAAUCAUAAAUCCAGCAACCAUUACAGUGACAGGCAAGGCCGGAUUAUGGGGGGUCUGGGCCCCAGGGCCAGGAGUUUGCAAAGCCCCCCCCCCAUCAAAGUUGAGCUGUCGAACAAACUCUGAUUCUAUUGCAAGAAGGGAGAGUGAAUUCAAUCCAUUUUGGCACAUUUUCAUCCUGAGCUCAUUUUUUUAUUCGAGCCAGUCUGGAGAAUGACCGUUCCCCUUCACAGUUUGUUAUCGGCAGGGUCAAAAACAGUCUGAGUGCUAUGUAAACAUUUGGGAAAGCAUUUUUGUUCUUCUGAAAUGAAUGAUGGCCACUUUGACCUCAUACGAACUUGCUAAAUUUGAAUGCGUAUGUGCGUCUGAACUCUUAUUGUUUGUCUAUUGCACCACUGAGGGUGUGUCUGUGUCUGAAUAGAAGAAUGCUCGGCCAGGGAUGGUUUCAUACCGGUUUUGCCCUGUUUUUAAGCCUUUCCAAAGAAGGUGCAGCCCGCAGGAGCUGGAGUCCAACCAAUAUACUAUCAAUGGAAAAACAAACAUGCCUUUCAGUGGUUGGUUCAUUGUUUGUUUCGCUAUUAGUCUGUGACUGUUGAGCUUCCUCUUAUCAAGAGUCUAUGAAUAUGUUCCUUAGUCAAAGUUAGCUUCCACAAGUUUUGUGGUUUACACUGAUUACAGAUGGGCUAUGAGGUCAUUGUGUUAACAGUAUACCUGACAUGAGGUUAGGAGUCAGUAUAAUGUGCUUUAUUUUAGAAUUUAACAGAUGGUAUAUGUCACUCCCAUGUCAGACACCCUGUGUAUGUUCAGCUUGACAUGUGCUUGACAUUGUAUGAAGACCUCCUGGUGAGUCCAUCGACUGCAAUGUAAAAGCUGUUGAAGGUGUGAAAAAAAAAAACCCUUCAACAGUUUUUGCAUUUAUACCUUUCUCCAUCUUUUAUUAGCAGUUUAGCAUUGCUUUUUCAGCUUUCAGCACUCAGCAUUUCCACGCAUUUUCUACAAGGAAAUGCAAUUUUUCUAGUUCUACUUAGACUUCGAUAAAUGGAUCUAACAAUAUUGGAUUUUCACUAAAAUUACCAAAAUUUCUGCCUUGUGAGGAGUUUCGAUAAAAGCAAUGCCAAGUGUAAUGUGGGAGUGUUGUAUUGAUAUUGGAUUUUCACUUGGACUUCACUUUGUUGGCAUUGGUGUGUACAGUACACCCCUUUACGGUGGGGACAUAAGAGAGCGAAAUCUGCAAAGUGAAGCGGGGCAAAACUCAGUGUUCUGAAGGUGAAUAUCUACCAGUCUACUACUCUCCUUGAAGUAACUAUAGGUUAUAAUGACACGUGAAUCUGCUGUGUAUUGUGACUGGACCACUGUACAGCCCAUCCCUGAGUCUAGCUCGGCUAUUGGACACUCACUUCCCAAGAUGGUCGCAACGCGCGAUAAAUUUGCAUGGAGUUGGAGAUUUCUGAACUUUUGGACGUGUCGCAAUGACAGUUUCGAUGCACUCCAAGGACCAUGUCAUAUUGUGUACACACAAUACUAAUUUUUUUAAGAGACAACUAACAGUUGGUGAGAUUUGGGAGGUAUAUCACUAACACAAAACCCUAUCAGCAAACCGAGCCUGUCACUACUACCAGCAAGCAGAUCACACGUCAGGAUGUAAAGGUUCUGAUGAAGUAGUCCUGUAAAUUUCAGGCCUAUUACUGUCAGAAAUGUGGCCAGGUAAGCAGAAUAAAAAAGGUUUACAUUUGGUGUCCUUAUUAAAUUUCUGACGAGACUUCACAUUGAAAAUGAAAAAAAAAGAAAAGUAAAUAAAAAUUUGUAGGCAGAACAACAAGUACUCUUCAGUGGAACAGAGCUGUUUAGUUUAAUUUUGGAUGCUCAGCUUACAAUGUCAAAACACAAUGCCAACAAACCAGCUGGCUUGCAUGGCGAGUCUUGAUAAAUGCUCCUCAUUCCAGUAAGUGAGUUUUCACACCUUAAAAAAAAAGAGGUGGAGCAGAUAAAUAGAGUGACAGUUCCAGGUUCUGUACGCAAGUCUGCCUCUUAUUUUAACCCCAAAGCCAGCUUUGUUCAGCAUUACGUUCUUGCCUGUGAACAGAGUGUCUUAUUUGUCUUUCUGGAUUAUUGUUUUUCUUGUUUGUUGAGGAGCUAACAUGGAUGACUAUAAGGGACCACCACAUGAACUGACAGCACCUCCGUACCCCGGACCCCCUUUGAACCCAAACUUAAGGAGCAUCGAUUCCCAGUUAUACGGUGACUCUAACUUCCAAAGACAAGUCUAAGGAAGUAAAAGCCUACCACAGAAACUGCCUCUAUCUAUCUAUCUAUCUAUCUAUCUAUCUAUCUAUCUAUCUAUCUAUCUAUCUAUCUAUCUAUCUAUCUAUCUAUCUAUCUAUCUAUCUAUCUAUUUUUGGUUAUUAUUAUUAUUAUUAUUAUUUGUUUAUUGUUUGCAUGUAUGAUGGUAUGUAUGUCUGUAUGUAUUGAUGUAUGUUUUUUAUGUAUGUAUUUUACUUUAGUUACUGUAGUUGUUUUUGUUUUCAUUUGUGUGUGUAAGUGCUCGCACCCUUUGAGCAGUUUCUGAACUGAACACUUUUGCCAAUACUCUAGUAGUUUUUUUUUUUUUUUGAUACUGAUGUUGAUAUGUUUGAUAUUAUUUCCACCUCUUAGUAUUGCACAUAAACAUCCAGAAAGGCAUAAACAGAUUGUUCUUCACAAUAAUGCUGUACUGUAGUGGUACUCUAAUUUCUCAAUAUAACCAUUUCAUUUUAGUACAUGUGCUUGAAAUUUUCUUCUUUUUUUUCAACUUUUUUUUUAUCAUCCUGUUAACUUUUCUCUUGUUGCUGUUUUCUCAGGUCCAGCUGCACACCCUGCUCACCUGAUCAACCCACAACAGUGCCUGGUCAUGCAGACUGGUAGGGUCCUUUCAAAAAUGUUCACAAAAAUCUAUAAAACUUUGCAAUCAUUAUUCUUAGUAAGAAAAAUCAAAGUUCAGUUUCAGGUGAUAAAGUGGAGUAGAGUGUUGUUGUUUCUUUAAGUGUGAUGUGUGUGUUUUUAUAGAGGCCUCAGGUGUGGUGAUAGCACAGCCACUCCCCGCUGAUGUCCCUGGACGGAUGGUGUGUCCUCACUGCCAAAACAGUAUUAUUACUGAAAUCACGUACAAGAAUAGCCUGCUCACCUGGAUGAUGUGUAUGACGUUAGGACUUAUGCUGUGAGUAAAAACUUACCUUACAGACAUAGAAGCACCCAUGAAAAUCCAGAUAUUCAGAUAGCUUUGUCAAAGAAACACAUACGUUUAAGAUGUAAAAACAAAUGUGUUAUAUGACUGCAUAUACUGCAAAAAUGAACAGGCUCUCUGACAGUGAAGUACAUGAAAACAUGGUACAUAAAAGAAUGAUAAAAAAAAAACUAUUUACCUUAUGUUUUUUUUUUAUUUAUUCUGUUGAUAACUUUUCUAAUUUUAAUAACAUCCAUUGAUCAACAAAAUGAUCUUGGAGACCAAAUCCAAGACAGGACCCCAAAUGUUGAGAUAUUAAUGAUUCAAAGGGCACAGAGUUGAAAGAGACUUUGAAAAAAUGUUUUGACUUUAUUUCUCUUCACUGUAUAAUAAUUUCUACUAUACAAACAACAAUGAUCUCAGUGGAUUUCAGUUUUGAACAUGUGGGUUCACUGGUAAUCAGUCAAGGGCACCACAUGCUGCUUCCUAUAAGCAGACUUACAAGGUUUAUAGAAUCCACAUUGUUGUGCAGAUGAUUGAGCAUAUUUUUUAAUUUCAUUUUGUUCUAAAGGGACACUCUGGACAGUCAGACAUAUGUAAGUGUACCUGGUUUAGCUAAAAGGCAUUUUUUUAUCUGGCAGUCCCUCUACCUGAUGUUGUUUGGUUUUCUAGAAAUAAUUCUUGUUCAGUAGCACAACAUGAAUUAAAGGUGGGGUAGGCAGGAUCUGAGGAAGUGCCAGUUUUUGGAAGAAAUCUUGAAUGUAAACUCUACCCCUCCCAACCAGUUUUCCCCUCAGCUCCUCCUCUCCCCUCCAUCUCUGCUCCAGCAAGUCCCGCCCACAAACAGACGCUCCUUCUCACUCGUAUCGUUCCAGUUAAAUUCAGAUAUAAUGUAGAUAAAUACUUCAAAUAAUUACAAAUGAGGCCCAGUCAACAUGAAAGUAAAAAGCAUUGGAGCUACUGUAGAUGCCAACAGACUACCAGCAAACACAAUGUUUGCAGGACUUCUAUAACUAGGACAAAGUGACAUACUCCAGGACCCGAGGUAAACAGUUUAGCCGCGCUACAACACACAGCAGGUCUUGCUUGACAAGAAACACUUCUGUUACAGACACUUGGCUUACUUUGUUAAAGCGGUUUACCUGUCCAGCAGAAAGGUUACAGGGUCUGUAAGAUCCCGAAGCCCCCCCUUGUCAUUCAUGCUGAUGUUGACCUGGCUUCUUAGCUCUUGUCCGGUCUAGCUCCUUUUUAAGCGCCCAUUAUUCUGCCUGAGUCUCCAGUAUUUACUUUGUUUUAUUGCUUGUGUUUUAGGUCGGGGGAGGUGGAGAACGGCUUUGUUUACAGACAGAGAGAGCAGGCCACUCAAAAUUCUUAAAAUGUUGACUACACAGACAUAACAAAUCACAGCAAUAUACAGCGAUAUCAUUAUAUCCCCAAAUGUCAUCAAUAACUAAUAGCUAUUGACUGAUAUUAAAAGCUUUUUUUGUGUAUACACCACAAAAAAAGAUGCUUCUUCAAUGGAAUCCUGCCUACUCCACCUUUAAGUUCGAUCAAAUUAAAUUAAAUUAAAUUAGAAAAAAGUUAGAUUUCAGUGUCACUGAAAUGUCAUUCUGAUCUCUCAUGUUAGGUGCUUGCCUUGCAUAUGGAUCCCCUUCUGCAUCAAGUCAUGUAAAGAUGUGGCGCACUCCUGCCCCAACUGUCAGAGAGUCAUACAUAUCCACAAACCAUCACAGGCAAACCUACGCCACAGGAAUGCAUACUAUAUGAACUGAAAUCAUUUCAUGUCAACAUAUUUUUACAGCUUUCCUCCUUUGGUUUGGCUCAUUUCUUGAAACAGAAAUUACAUGGACAAACCUCCAAACUACUUGGCAUUUGUUCACAACAGAAUUGAAUUUCUCCUUCAUUUCCGCAUACUGCAAAUGUCUUAGGACAUGUCUCAAUGUCUCAGUACAUCUUGUUAAUGAUUACAGAUACCCUGCAUUAAGCACACUUUAAAAGUGAAUAGGUCUUGUUGAUCAAAACUGAUUGUUGACUUCUCAGUCUCAUGGUUUUUCUCUCCAAAACAUGUCAGCAUCAUUUCAAUGUUUCAAUGUCAAAGUAAUCACAUGCAUAACAGUCUUUCCGAACAUUGGAAAAAUUGAUUACUGUCAUUGACAGUCAGGUAAAACUAGAGCAUGACUAAUGAAGGAGGAGUUUCACACAUCUCGGAUGAACAAUCAAACAGUGUGUUUAGUCACUGUCCAUGAUAGUGAAUGCUGCCAAAUAUGAGCUUGACCAGGAUUAGAGAAAUUUCUGAACAUGGAAGCACCUGGCCAAAAGCCAAAGACAUGGCCCUAACAUUAUUGGCCACCGAGCCACAGGGGCAAUAUUACUAUGUGCUGCUAUUUCUGAGACUGGUGUGGCCACUCACAUCCCCAAUCUUGGUCCAUACAAUACACAGAAGCUCCUCAUUUCCUUGGACAGCCUUUUUUCUGAUUUGAUCCCUGAAAAUGAGAGAGGUCUCGUCGGACCUCACCUACCAAACUAGGUAAUUGUGCGGUACAAUGUGAAUUUCUACCAUGACCCACUCAUCAGGGCCUGGUUCACUAUUCAUCCAAAGAUGGUCGUGGUGUACCUACGACUGUACUCUCCUUUCCUCAAUCCUAUUGAGGAGUUUUUCUCUGUUUCAAGGUGGAGUGUUUAAUCAUCAGGCUCAAAAUCAGAGGUCUCUGCUCGAUGUAAUGGAUGCUGUGUGUGAAGACAUUACAGGUGAUAAGCGUAGAGGAUGGACGUAUGAGUGCAAUGUGGGAUGUCAAAGUUUGGAGAAUAUUCUUACCAUGAAACCUUUUUUUCUCUUUUGUAAACAAUGACAUUCAGCUGGCUGGACAAAAAAAACUUGACCAGUAACCAUUGUCAGUAAAGGACUGGGCAAAGACUGAGAGGUGGAUAUGAGGGAUAUUUCAAUAGUAUUUUGUCAAAUGAUCUUAGAGGUGAUUGUAGUGCUUGGAAAUCUUACAGUGCCAUCUAGAGGAAGAAGAAAAAAAAAACAAUUGUUUUGUUUUUGAUGUAAUCCAAAUUAAAAAGGAAGACUUCUUCAUAACAUUGUAUAUACUGUGUGUAUUUUUAUGUGUCUUUGUGCAAGAGUGUUUUUAUGAAGAAUGUCAAUGACAGUUCACUUACAGCUAGUCUGAGUGGUACAUCAUCUAUGUCCUAUUACCAAGAGCACAAUGAGGCAUAUAUAGAAAAUAAUAUAAACCUGUCUACCUGAUACAAAGACAAUGAAAUAACAAUGUAAACACUGGCUGGGAGAAGACAGUUAGCACAGUGUAAUGAGGCCCUAGAGGCACAUUCACAAGUGCUAUCUUAAUAGUAAUGUAAAAUCACCUUUUUACUAGUGAACCUUCAUUUAGCAGAACUGUUAUUAACGAGAAUGGAUCAUGAUCAUGAAUCAUCUCACACUAUGAGUGAAAUCUUUAUUUGGUAAUGCUUCCUUUUAUUAAGAUUUAACCUUCAGGCAGUACACAAAGAAAAACUAGGCCAAUAGAUGAUCUUCAACGGGUAAAUUCAGUCAAAAAAAUAAGUCAAUAUAUCCCUUUUUUCAUGGACUUGUGUUAAGAGCAGCUAAUGAGAAAAGUAGGAUUCCAACUCUUGUGUAGCAAUCAAGACAACCCUGGGUGUGAAACCCACACAUUCCUCACAGGAAAGUUUCCUUAUCUGGUCCCAGGAAACAGGAUAUAAAUCUUUCCAGACUUGUUUGCACUUUCAGGUUACCAUUACUGACCCAACCGGAGGUUGACUAAACCUCUGACUCUUCAUGAUUGGUCGAUUCGAAGAACAGAGACAGAGUUUUUAUUACCUUUCAAACUGACUCCAUCGCUGACCAUCUAAAUAAACAUUAACGUCUCAACCCAGAUCUCUCAUUUGAGAUUUAGCGGCUUAAAGUGUGUGAACAUACGGACCCCAGGAAAAGGGGGGACACUGACCUCCAGACCUCGGUCGUAAAACCCUGUUCGACCAUACACUGAUAAAGACUACAUUCCUUUGGUGAAAGAAUACAAAUGACCGAUCAUGACAUCUUAUGCAUUCAGCAAUGUACUAAUCUGUCUAAUCAUGAAAUUUGUGUUAAAAUGAGAUGUUUCCCGUUUCUCUAUGUGCUCCAGGAGCCGAGUUAUCACUAUGAUAGAAUAAAUCCUUAUUCUUUUGUUUCUUUAGACCAACAGCUUUUCAGACUGUUUCAUGAACUGUUAAGAGUUAAAUUUAUUGACUAUGGAUCAUAACUUACUCUAUGAACACAGAAAUAGUUUAGAAAUGUUGGUUUAUAUUUUAGUUGUUUAUUUAGUAUUUUUAACCAUUAGGUGGUUAUAAUGUUAUUGAAUUAUCUGAAUGUAAGUAUUUAGAAUCCAUUAUUAAUCAUGAUGACGUUCAUUCACAUAUAUUUACUCUUUUGUUGUUCACAGUUUCCAUGUGUUACUAUCUGUUUCAUUUCAGAUUAAUUUAGCAUGUUCAAUGUGAUACUUUAAACAUAAUGAGAAUGUUUGAUGUGAUCCUACACUUCAUUCAUAUGUGUUUAGUGUCAAAUUAUUUAUCAUGAAACCAAACAUUCAAUGAUAUUAAUCAUAGUGAGUGAGUAUCAGAUCUGACUCUUUUGCCAGCCAAAAGAAUAAGUUAGAUCAAAUAAUCAAAGACCACACGACCCCUCCUCUGUCUCACACACACACGCCAGAAACACUCCCAGUGUGAGAAGAUAAAACCAGUGAAGUGGGGUUGCUCACUCUCUUGUUCACUCUUAUCUCUUCUCUCUUAUUCUCUCCAGACUCUUGUACCUUCUCUUCUGCCCACACCCUUCUGUGGUGCGCUUCUUUAUUUUCUCUUAGAACUUUUUCUUAGUCUUCUAAGUUUUACGCCACGUGUUGAUUCACGUUGAUUUUUCUUUAACAUCGUCUUAGUUCAAGUUUUGAAACUUCAACUUUUUGUGCGCAUAGCAAUUCAAAAUUAAGCCUUUGAUUGAUUUUUCUUUAAUUUCACGAAGCCAUUUUUGAAAGUUUUCUCUGUUCGAGUCUCGUUUUUCUGAGUUUUCUGCGUGAUCUCAAAGUCACCUCUGAACGCAACCCAGCAGGCCCAGGUCAUCCUCUGUGCCAGAGUUUUUGAGUGAGACCAAAGAAGUACCCAAACGAGCAUCCACAGGAUCCACAGGCGCUGGCUUUGCUUCGGGCCUGAGUGCUGCAACUCCUGGCUCAUCCUUCGGCUGACUUCAAUCGUCUCCUGAGCUGAACCGCUCGAACCGCCAGUAGCCCCGGACCUUCGGAACCUGCUCCAUCUUCUCCAAGGACCAGUCUCACUUAAGUAUGCAAACCUCCAGAGCUCCAAACAGGGCUGAUGCUGUCUCCUGCGUUCAUAACUCAGAUAUCCACCUAUUUCUGGUGAUCUUAGAUUCCUCCAAAUCCACAUCCGAGUUUAUUGACACCAAAGUUAGUGUAGGUUAAUAUGUUAGCGCAUAUUCACUCACUAUCAUUAACUUUAGUGCUCCUAGCCUGACUUAGAAUCUUUAUUUAUUCACCUAUUAUUAUUUAUCUUCAUUAUCUUAUCAUCAUUUAUUGCAUGUAUGUUGUACCAUCAUUAUCCUGUAAUAAACAGAUCAUUAUUUUUCUAAGUUCCUGUCUGUUAGUGUUCUUCCAGAAGUGGAGUCCCUGAAAUUAGAAUUUCGACUUAAGAUAUGAGACUGAUUAAUUAAAACUGACUUGAUGUUUGAUUUCUGAAUUAAACUUUUGUUUUCUUUAUUUUCCCACCAUCAAGGGUGGGUGGUGCCCCUUUCAACGAGUGCAUAAAUGUCAUAAUUUGAGAUUAUUAAUCUUCAGACAUUUAUUAUAAAUUCCAAUCGCUACAGUAUUAUUUUGGUGCGGCCUUGUGAGGCUCAUUUCAAAUCGCUACAUAUAUUUUGGUGCGACCGUGUGAGGCUUAUUUCAACCGCUACACUUGCUUGAUUUAACAACUGACUUCACAUGCUUUUUUAAAGUGAUUGAUUAUGUUCUUAUCAGUUGGUAUUUUACAAAGAAAAGAGAGAUGAGAAAGAACGAAGUGGGAAAACAAGGAAGAGGAGAAGAAGAAGAGAACAUGAGUUGCAGGAACAGUGUCUUUUUGGGAGUGCUGAUUGAUUCAAUCUCCACUGGACAAUCAAAAAGAAAAAAGAAAAGGACAAAAGGAUUUCUGAAUUCUAAAGACAAAACAUACUCACAGUUUUUUAGGUCUUCAGACAAGAGUUGAGUGUAAUUCUCCAAGUAGACAGCAGGUAGAGACUGUCACACAUGACUCAGCUCCACAUCCUGUUCAAUACCAGGUGCAGUGUUACAUGGCUGGUGACGCUUCCAUGGCAACAGAUUCCUUUCAGCUUUUCUAGUUAUACAUAUAAAUUAAAUCUUUCAAUUUAUGGUUGAGUUAAAAUACACUCAUCUUUUAUAAUUAACAUCAAACUGAAAUUUUUUCAACAAAGGUUAUUUUAUGAAAGUGAACAGUAUAUCAGCAGGAAUAUUUAUUUUGACAUGUCUGUCUUUAUUCUGCUCUGCCUUUUCUUUGGGUGUUCCACCUCCAGACUAAAACGUCAUAACUUUUUACAUUCUAUUAUCACAUUGCUAUUAUCACUACUUCGUAUGGGUUAAGUUAUGCUGCAGCAUUCAGCAACUCACAAAUUCCUGUCACCAGCUCUGGGGUUGUUGUCUGGAUUGCAGGACAGGACAGUAUCUUUUAUUAGCAGUUUAGCAUUGCUUUUUCAGCUUUCAGCACUCAGCAUUUCCACGCAUUUUCUACAAGAAAAUGCAAUUUUUCUAGUUCCACUUAGACUUCGAUAAAUGGAUUUAACAAUAUUGGAUUUUCACUUAAAUUACCAAAAUUUCUGCCAUGUGAGGAGUUUCGAUAAAAGCAAUGCCAAGUGUAAUGCGGAAGUGUUGUAUUGAUAUUGGAUUUUCACUUGGACCUCACUUUGUUGGCAUUGGUGUGUACAGUACACCCCUUUACGGUGGGGACAUAAGAGAGCGAAAUCUGCAAAGUGAAGCUGGGCAAAACUCAGUGUUCUGAAGGUGAAUAUCUACCAGUCUACUACUCUCCUUGAAGCAACUAUAGGUUAUAAUGACACGUGAAACUGCUGUGUAUUGUGACUGGACCACUGUACAGCCCAUCCCUGAGUCUAGCUCGGCUAUUGGACACUCACUUCACAAGAUGGUCGCAACGCGUGAUAAAUUUGCAUGGAGUUGGAGAUUUCUGAACUUUUGGACGUGUCGCAAUGACAGUUUCGAUGCACUCCAAGGACCAUGUCAUAUUGUGUACACACAAUACUGUGCGGGAGCGAAAUCACUUCUCAUAGAAAAUAGGUCCAGCUUCUACUAGCUGUCUACUGGGGCCAUCGUUAGGCCCAGGAUAUGCUUGCCGUGCGCACAUUUCAUGCCUGAACACGUUGCCAUGCGUAUUUUAUGUCCAUGUUACGCGUGAUAGCACACCUGAACACAAGGUAUGCAGACAUGUGCGCAUGUUGCAGUAUUGACACAACCGCGAGGGGCGAUCUUCCGAACUUCCAUGUUGAGCUCGUGGUAGAGUCAAACAAUGGUGGAAAAUAUUAAAGAGAGCCCAGUUGGCUAUCUGCCCCCUACAUGAAACCGCCAGUAUCAAAUGUUGCCAAUUUAGCGACUUUGUUGCUAGAUUUAGCGACUUUUAGCCGUCUCUGCCGACUAAAACCUCAUCUAGCGACUUAGCGGCUUUUUAGGUGAAUCUGGCGACUUUAAAAAAACACAUCUCUCGAGUGUCAAAAUCAUUGUUUUUCAAUGUAACUUCAGCUCUGCACCGCCACCAGAAGGUCAUUUCAUGGUUAAGCAGCACUGCGCAUUAGCCCCGAUCUCGAAACUGUACCCUUUGGGAUUAUCAACAUAGCCAUGUGGACACAUUUUCUUGAGCUCAGUGGGUUGUGUCUGAUGUUAUGACAUCAUAGUAACAUCAUGACGUAAUCUAGCGACUUUUCAGAGAACCAAUAGCGACUUUUGGUGAUUUGUUUUUGGCAACACUACCAGUAUCUUGCAUAGUGCUCUGAUCGUUCUGCUGCAAGUAUGUGCGGGUGCGUACGUAAAUUACGUCACACAGCUAGCAUAUCCUGGGCCUUAGAGCUCACUGAAAGGACUUUCAUUCAAAACCCUUGGUAAAUCAGAGGCCCUUUAAGAACAUUUGUAAUCAGAGGGCUCUCUUAACAGUAUGCUCUCCCAUUAGGGCUCUCCCUAGGGCCCCCACAUAGCCAGAAGUCACGACUCUUAGCAGGGGCUUUCAUAAUCAUAGGGCCCUCUGAAAGCAUUCCCCCCUACUUCCUUGAACCCCUAGUUGGUAAACGUUAGGGCACCCUUAGGAGUAUUCACGAGAGGCACUACAGCAGGGCCAGCCCAGGGGCCCUCUGACUGCCGUCCCUCAUAGCCCAGGGGCCCUCUGCUGUCCCUGUCCCCCCCGCCCAAUUCAUAUCACCCUUCUCUCUCAUUUCUCUUCAGAUAUGCCCUACAACAGUGUGAGUAGUCAUAAGAUCCUAGAGAAUAGAGGCCCUCUGAGAUUGCAAUUGGCAUCGGCAUCUACAUCGCUUUGGCCCCCCCCCCCCCCGGGCCCCUGGACCCUUGGGCGCCGGCACCACUGGCCCGGUCCGUAAUACGGCCCUGGUGACAGGAGCUAAAUUAUAUAUCUGAUUGUUAGUGAUUCCACACGUCUUUAAACCAUUUUAAUAUUUGACAUGUACCUGAUCAAUCAAAUCAAACCUCAGCACAGAGUAAGAUUUCUGACUUCUGUUUGAUCUUUCCAAACCACAUCUUUUGUGAUUUUUUUUGUCAGUAAGACAAAGGUGGACACAUACGGAACUUGUAUUUGUAUGUUGUUUCCUCCUCCUCCAUUUUUGCCGGCGCACUACCUGCAAAUCCUGCCAUGAGUGAGCAUCGGUGCAGACUCGCUAGAGGGCUGAACGGUCCACUCGCCCUCCUCACUCUGUGGUUUGGGACAGCCUUCAAUAUGGCGGAGCCUCCGCGGGGACACGCAAACGGAGGGAGAGUGUAUAGGGUGAGUGUUUAGUGGGCAGUUUGGGAUUGGGCCAAAGUGCAGAGAGCUUUUUGGCUUCAAAUCUGUAUACAGGCAGUAGGCGGAACCAAGUUGUCCAUAGUAUAUACAGUCUAUGCAAGAAGCACACCUGUGACAAACAUCCCUUUUUUAAGUAUUUAUUCAUACAAGAGGAAAAAAAGCAAAGCUGGAGCCGUAGAUGUUUAAUAUAAUUGGUCCUUUUUCUGGCUUUUCUUAUUGACUUCAGUGCAAAAGACUUUUGCAGUUUUUCACGACUUACGUUGUGAAAAAUUCUGAAAAUAUUAUUUUCUGUACAAACAAAUGACUUUCAAUUCAAUGAGAACUAUUAUUGAAACAAUAUAAUUUGUCAACUUAUUUGUGUAUUUGGUUGUUAGCUUGGUUUGGAAACCGAUGAUGCAUAGUUAGUGGAUGGAUGUGCAAAAUUAGAUCUGUGAAGGUUCUGUUUUGCACAAAAGAAAGCACAAGAAAAAAAGAUAGUGAUCAGAUAGUGGCUGUACGCUACUUGUCCCUGUCAUCUUGUGGGAAAUACAUGUGGUAUAGUAAAUUAUAUUUCAAACAGCACCACAAAUCCCCCAUGUAGUGCACUGCAUUUUAAGCUGUGGGUGAUUUCAGUGUAUCAGCCAGCAUUAAUGAGUUCAUCUCAUCAGUUGUGUGUCUCCAGUUGUCAUCAAAUGCUCCUGUGGUGACAGUAACAUGUCUUAUUUUUUUAAGACAACUAACAGUUGGUGAGAUUUGGGGGGUAUAUCACUAACACAAAACCCUAUCAGCAUACCGAGCCUGUCACUACUACCAGCAAGCAGAUCACACAUCAGGAUGUAAAGGUUCUGAUGAAGUAGUCCUGUAAAUUUCAGGCCUAUUACUGUCAGAAAUGUGGCCAGGUAAGCAGAAUAAAAAAAGUUUACAUUUGGUGUCCUUAUUAAAUUUCUGACGAGAUUUCACAUUAAAGUAAAUGGGCCAAAUGUUUUCAUGUCAAAUGUUGAAUAGUGUCAAAGAAGAAGCAAACCAAGAAAUUGGGGCAAUAUGAAAAGUAAAUAAAAAUUUGUAGGCAGAACAACAAGUACUCUUCAGUGGAACAGAGCUGUUUGGUUUCAUUUUGGAUGCUCAGCUUACAAUGUCAAAACACAAUGCCACCAAACCAGCUGGCUUGCAUGGAGAGUCUUGAGAAAUGCUCCUCAUUCCAGUAAGUGAGUUUUCACACCUUGAAAAAAAGAGAUGGAGCAGAUAAAUAGAGUGACAGUUCCAGGUUCUGUACGCAAGCCUGCCUCUUAUUUCAACCCUAAAGCCAACUUUGUUCAGCAUUACGUUCUUGCCUGUGAACAGAGUGUCUUAUUUGUCUUUCUGGAUAAUGGUUUUUUUUUUUUGUUGAGAAGAUAUCAUGGAUGACUAUAAGGGACCACCACGUGAACCGACAGCACCUGCGUACCCCGGCCCCCCUUUGAACCCGAACUUAAGGAGCAUCGAUUCCCAGUUAUACGGUGACUCUAACUUCCAAAGACAAGUCUAAGGAAGUAAAAGCCUACCACAGAAACUGCCUCUAUCUAUCUAUCUAUCUAUCUAUCUAUCUAUCUAUCUAUCUAUCUAUCUAUCUAUCUAUCUAUCUGUCUAUCUAUCUAUCUAUCUAUCUAUCUAUCUAUCUAUCUAUCUAUCUAUCUAUGGUAUGUAUGUCUGUAUGUAUUGGUGUAUGUUUUUUAUGUAUGUAUUUUACUUUAGUUACUGUAGUUGUUUUUGUUUUCAUUUGUGUGUGUAAGUGCUUGCACCCUUUGAGCAGUUUCUGAACUCAACACUUUUGCCAAUACUCUAGUAGUUUUUUAUUUUUUUUGUAUGAAGUAUUGUACUUCUCUUCAUUUAACAUUGCAUCUUUUACCGGGUUAAAAAAAAAAAAGGCAGAAACUCUAAAAGGGCCCAGGCUUCCCGUCAACAGCAUGACUAGAGGCUAUUUCGCAGAUACCAUGUGAGGUAUCUAACAUACCAGAGAGUGAGGAACUCUGCUGAAUUCCCAGAAAUAGUUACCCUAGUAAAGCUUGACAUGCAUUCAUCCUUUCUAGGUUAAUUUCUCACUAGUGUAACGUUGCUUUCAAAUUCCUUUCCUACCUUAAUGGUACUUGAGAACUUCGAAAAAAGUCAUUCUGAUUGAGGAGAUGUUUGAUACUAUUUCCACCUCUUAGUAUUGCACAUAAACAUCCAGAUAGGCAUAAACAGAUUGUUCUUCACAAUAAUGCUGUACUGUAGUGGUACUCUAAUUUCUCAACAUAACCAUUUCAUUUUAGUACAUGUGCUUGAAAUUUUCUUCUUUUUUUUUUCCAACUUUUUUUUUUUAUCAUCCUGUAAACUUUUCUCUUGUUGCUGUUUUCUCAGUUCCAGCUGCACACCCUGCUCACCUGAUCAACCCACAACAGUGCCAGGUCAUGCGGACUGGUAGGGUCACAAAAAUCUAUAAAACUUUGCAAUCAUUAUUCUUCGUAAGAAAAAUCAAAGUUCAGUUUCAGGUGAUAAAGUGGAGUAGAGUGUUGUUGUUUCUUUAAGUGUGAUGUGUGUGUUUUUAUAGAGGCCUCAGGUGUGGUGAUAGCACAGUCACUCCCCACUGAUGUCCCUGGACGGAUGGUGUGUCCUCACUGUCAAAACAGUAUUAUUACAGAGAUCAUGUACAAGAAUGGCGAGCACACCUGGGGGAUGUGUAUGCUGUUAGGGUUACUUGUGCUGUGAGUAAAAACUUACCUUACAGACAUAGAAGCACCCAUGAAAAUCCAGAUAUUCAGAUAGCUUUGUCAAAGAAACACAUACGUUUAAGAUGUAAAAACAAAUGUGUUAUAUGACUGCAUAUACUGCAAAAAUGAACAGGCUCUCUGACAGUGAAGUACACGAAAACAUGGUACAUAAAAGAAUGAUAAAAAAAAACAUUAAACUAUUUAUCUUAUGUUUUAUUUAUUUAUUCUGAUGAUAACUUUUCUAAUUUUAAUAACAUCCAUUGAUCAACAAAAUGAUCUUGGAGACCAAAUCCAAGACAGGACCCCAAAUGUUGAGAUAUCAAUGAUUCAAAGGGCACAGAGUUGAAAGAGACUUUGAAAAAGUGUUUUGACUUUAUUUCUUUUCACUGUAUAAUAAUUUCUACUAUACAAACAACAAUGAUCUCAGUGGAUUUCAGUUUUGAACAUGUGGGUUCACUGGUAAUCAGUCAAGGGCACCACAUGCUGCUUCCUAUAAGCAGACUUACAAGGUUUAUAAAUCCACAUUGUUGUGCAGAUGAUUGAGCAUAUUUUUUAAUUUCAUUUUGUUCUAAAGGGACACUCUGGACAGUCAGACAUAUGUAAGUGUACCUGGUUUAGCUAAAAGGCAAUUUUUUUUAUCUGGUAGUCCCUCUACCUGAUGUUGUUUGGUUUUCUAGAAAUAAUUCUUGUUCAGUAGCACAACAUGAAUUAAAGGUGGGGUAGGCAGGAUCUGAGGAAGUGCCAGUUUUUGGAAGAAAUCUUGACUGUAAACUCUACCCCUCCCAACCAGUUUCCCCCUCAGCUCCUCCUCUCCCCUCCCUCUCUGCUCCAGCAAGUCCCGCCCACAAACAGACGCUCCUUCUCACUCGUAUCAUUCCAGUUAAAUUCAGAUAUAAUGUAGAUAAAUACUUCAGAUAAUUACAAAUGAGGCCCAGUCAACAUGAAAGUAAAAAGCAUUGGUGCUACUGUAGAUGCCAACAGACUACCAGCAAACACAAUGUUUGCAGGACUUCUACAACUAGGAUCAAGUGACAUACUCCAGGACCCGAGGUAAACAGUUUAGCCGCGCUGCAACACACAGCAGGUCUCGUUUGACAAGAAACACUUCUGUUACAGACACUUGGCUUAAUUUGUUAAAGUGGUUUACCUGUCCAGCAGAAAGGUUACAGGGUCUGUAAGAUCCGGAAACAGCCCCCCCGUCAUUCAUGCUGAUGUUGACCUGGCUUCUUAGCUCUUGUCCGGUCUAGCUCCUUUUUAAGCGCCCAUUAUUCCGCCUGAGUCUCCAGUAUUUACUUUGUUUUAUUGCUUGUGUUUUCCGUACUUCUGGUUGGUUUCUACUGUCCAAUGUUGUAGCAUGCUAACUUUGUUUGGGCUCGUGAACAUUAUAUUAGCAGUGUCCGCCUCACAACCAAUUAGGUCGGGGGAGGUGGAGAAUGGCUUUGUUUACAGUCAGAAAGAGCAGGCUGCUCAAAAACUUUAAAAUGUUGACUACACAGACAUAACAAAUCACAGCAAUAUUGUUAUAUCCCCAAAUGUCAUCAAUAACUAAUAGCUAUUGACUGAUAUUAAAAGCUUUUUUGUAUAUACGCCACAAAAAUUAUGCUUCUUUAACGGAAUCCUGCCUACCCCACCUUUAAGUUCAAUCAAAUUAAACUACAUUAAAUUAGAAAAAAGUUGUAUUUCAGUGUUACUGAAAUGUCAUUCUGAUCUCUCAUGUUAGGUGCUUGCCUUUCAUAUGGAUCCCCUUCUGCAUCAAGUCGUGUAAAGAUGUGGCGCACUCCUGCCCCAACUGUCAGAGAGUCAUACAUAUCCACAAACCAUCACAGGCAAACCAACGCCACAGGAAUGCAUACUAUAUGAACUGAAAUCAUUUCAUGUCAACAUAUUUUUACAGUUUUCCUCCUUUGGUUUGGCUCAUUUCUUGAAACAGAAAUUACAUGGACAAACCUCCAAACUACUUGGCAUUUGUUCACAACAGAAUUGAAUUUCUCCUUCAUUUCCCCAUACUUCAAAUAUCUUAGUACAUGUCUCAAUGUCUCAGUACAUCUCGCUAAGGAUUAAAUACAGAUAGCCUGCAUUAAGCACACUUUAAAAGUGAAUAGGUCUUGUUGAUCUAAACUCAGGGCCUGGUUCACUAUUCAUCCAAAGAUGGCCGUGGUGUACCUACGACUGUACUCUUCUUUCCUCCAUCCUAUUGAGGAGUUUUUCUCUGUUUCAAGGUGGAGAGUGUUUAAUCAUCAGGCUCAAAAUCAGAGGUCUCUGCUCGAUGUAAUGGAUGCUGUGUGUGAAGACAUUACAGGUGAUAAGUGUAGAGGAUGGAUGUAUGAGUGCAAUGUGGGAUGUCAAAGUUUGAAAAACAUCCUUUUAUAAAAUCCUUUUUUUCUCUUUUGUAAACAAUGACAUUCAGCUGGCUGGACAAAAAAAACUUGACCAGUAACCAUUGUCAGUAAAGGACUGGGCAAAGACUGAGAGGUGGAUAUGAGGGAUAUUUCAAUAGUCAUCUGCUAUAAUAACAAAACAAAACAUUUUGACUUGCAGUGCUUACACAAUACCUAAGGGAUUGUGCAUUUUGGGGGCACUGACUAUUUAUAUGAGAAGAGAAUUUAGUUUUGACAUAUGAGUGAACUGUUUUGGGAGAGAUAUGAAAUGAGAAGAGUCUGUAUUUUUGGUGGCACUGACUAUUUAUAUAAGAAGGAUAUUUAGUAAUGAAGCAUGAAUGGACAGUUUGGGGAGAGAUAUGAGCCUUAGCAGGUGAACCAUUGUGUUGUGCUGAACUGUGAGAUGGUUUUGUCAAAUGAUCUUAGAGGUGAUUGAAGUAUUUGGAAAUCUUACAGUGCCAUGUAGAAGAAGAAGAAGAAAAAAAACAGUUGUUUUGUUUUUGAUGUAAUCCAAAUUAAAAAGGAAGACUUCUUCAUAACAUUGUAUAUAGUGUGUGUAUUUUUAUGUGUCUUUGUGCAAGAGUGUUUUUAUGAAGAAUGUCAAUGACAGUUCACUUACAGCUAGUCUGAGUGGUACAUCAUCUAUGUCCUAUUACCAAGAGCACAAAGAGGCAUAUAUAGAAAAUAAUAUAAACCUGUCUACCUGAUACAAAGACAAUGAAAUAACAAUGUAAACACUGGCUGGGAGAAGACAGUUAGCACAGUGUAAUGAGGCCCUAGAGGCACAUUCACAAGUGCUAUCUUAAUAGUAAUGUAAAAUCACCUUUUUACUAGUGAACCUCCAUUUAGGAGAACUGUCAUUAACGAGAAUGGAUCAUGAUCAUGAAUCAUCUCACACCAUGAGUGAAAUCUUUAUUUAGUAAUGCUUCCUUUUAUUAAGAUUUAACCUUCAUGCAGUACACAAAGAAAAACUAGGCCAAUAGAUGAUCUUCAACGGGUAAAUUCAGUCAAAAAAAUAAGUCAAUAUAUCCUUUUUUUCAUGGACUUGUGUUAAGAGCGGCUAAUGAGAAAAGCAGGAUUCCAACUUUUGCUUGAUUUAACGACUGACUUCACAUGCUUUUUUAAAGCGAGUGGUUGUAUUCUUAUCAGUUGGUAUUUUACAAAGAAAAGAGAGAUGAGAAAGAACAAAGUGGAAAAACAAGGAAGAGGAGAAGAAGAAGAAGAGAACAUGAGUUGCAGGAACAGUGUCUUUUUGGGGGUGCUGAUUGAUUCAAUCUCCACUGGACAAUCAAAAAAAAAAAAAGAAAAAAGAAAAGGACAAAAGGAUUUCUGAAUUCUAAAGAAAAAACAUACUCACAGUUUUUUAGGUCUUCAGACAAGAGUUGAGUGUAAUUCUCCAAGCAGACAGCAGGUAGAGACUGUCACACAUGACUCAGCUCCACAUCCUGUUCAAUACCAGGUACACUGUUACAUGGCUGGUGACGCUUCCAUGGCAACAGAUUCCUUUCAGCUUUUCUAGUUAUACAUAUAAAUUAAAUCUUCCAAUUUAUGGUUGAGUUAAAAUACACUCAUCUUUUAUAAUUAACAUCAAACUGAAAAUUUUUCAACAAAGGUAAUUUUAUGAAAGUGAACAGUAUAUCAGCAGGAAUAUUUAUUUUGACAUGUCUGUCUUUAUUCUGCUCUGCCUUUUCUUUGGGUGUUCCACCUCCAGACUAAAACGUCAUAACUUUUUACAUUCUAUUAUCACAUUGCUAUUAUCACUACUCCUUAUGGGCUAAGUUAUGCUGCAGCAUUCAGCAACUCACAAAUUCCUGUCACCAGCUCUGGGGUUGUUGUCUGGAUUGCAGGACAGGACAGUAUCUUUUAUUAGCAGUUUAGCAUUGCUUUUUCAGCUUUCAGCACUCAGCAUUUCCACGCAUUUUCUACAAGGAAAUGCAAAUUUUCUAGUUCCACUUAGACUUUGAUAAAUGGAUUUAACAAUUUUGGAUUUUCACUUAAAUUACCCAAAUUUCUGCCAUGUGAGGAGUUUCGAUAAAAGCAAUGCCAAGUGUAAUGCGGAAGUGUUGUAUUGAUAUUGGAUUUUCACUUGGACUUCACUUUGUUGGCAUUGGUGUAUACAGUACACCCCUUCACGGUGGGGACAUAAGGAAGCGAAAUCUGCAAAGUGAAGCUGGGCGAAACUCAGUGUUCUGAAGGUGAAUAUCUACCAGUCUACUACUCUCCUUGAAGUAACUAUAGGUUAUAAUGACACGUGAAUCUGCUGUGUAUUGUGACUGGACCACUGUACAGCCCAUCCCUGAGUCUAGCUCGGCUAUUGGACACUCACUUCACAAGAUGGUCGCAACGCGCGAUAAAUUCGCAUGGAGUUGGAGAUCUCUGAACUUUUGGACGUGUCGCAAUGACAGUUUCGAUGCACUCCAAGGACCAUGUCAUAUUGUGUACACACAAUACUGUGCGGGAGCAAAAUCACUUCUCAUAGAAAAUAGGUCCAGCUUCUAUUAGCUGUCUACUGGGGCCAGCGUUAGGCCCAGGAUAAGCUUGCCGUGUGCACAUUUCAUGCCUAAAUGCGUUGCCAUGGUAUUUUAUGUCCAUGUUACGCGUGAUAGCACACCUGAACACAAGGUAUGCAGACAUGUGCGCAUGUUGCAGUAUUGACACAACCGCGAGGGGCGAUCUUCCGAACUUCCAUGUUGAGCUCGUGGUAGAGUCAAACAAUGGUGGAAAAUAUUUAAGAGAGCCCAGUUGGCUAUCUGCCCCCUACAUGAAACCGCCAGUAUCCAGUGUUGCCAAUUUAGUGACUUUUAGCCGUCUCUGGCGACUAAAACCUCAUCUAGCGACUUAGCGGCUUUUUAGGUGAAUCUGGCGACUUUAAAAAAACACAUCUCUCGAGUGUCAAAAUCAUUGUUUUUCCAUGUAACUUCAGCUCUGCACCGCCACCAGAAGGUUAUUUCAUGGUUAAGCAGCACUGCGCAUUAGCCCCGAUCUCGAAACUGUACCCUUUGGGAUUGUCAACAUAGCCAGGUAGACACAUUUUCUUGAUCUCAGUGAGUCGUGUCUGAUGUUAUGACAUCAUAGUAACGUCAUGACGUAAUCUAGCGACUUUUCAGAGAACCAAUAGCGACUUUUGGUGAUUUGUUUUUGGCAACACUACCAGUAUCGUGCAUAGUGCUCUGAUCGUUCUGCUGCAAGUAUGUGCAGUUGCGCACGUAAAUUACGUCACACAGAUAGCAUAUCCUGGGCCUUAGGGCUCACUGAAAGGACUUUCAUUCAAAACCCUUGGUAAAUCAGAGGCCCUUUAAGAACAUUUGUAAUCAGAGGGCUCUCUUAACAGUAUGCUCUUCCAUUAGGGCUCUCCCUAGGGCCCCCACAUAGCCAGAAGUCACGACUCUUAGCAGGGGCUUUCGUAAUCAUAGGGCCCUCUGAAAGCAUUCCCCCCUACUUCCUUGAACCCUUAGUUGGUAAACAUUAGGGCUCCCUUAGGAGUAUUCACGAGAGGCACUACAGCAGGGCCAGCCCAGGGGCCCUCUGACUGCCGUCCCUCAUAGCCCAGGGGCCCUCUGCCGUUCCUGUCCUCCCCGCCCAAUUCAUAUCACCCUUCUCUCUCAUUUCUCUUCAGAUAUGCCCUACAACAGUGUGAGUAGUCAUAAGAUCCUAGAGAAUAGAGGCCCUCUGAGAUUGCAAUUGGCAUCGGCAUCUACAUCGCUUUGGCCCCCCCCCGGGCCCCUGGACCCUUGGGCGCCGGCACCACUGGCCCGGUCCGUAAUACGGCCCUGGUGACAGGAGCUAAAUUAUAUAUCUGAUUGUUAGUGAUUCCACAUGUCUUUAAACCAUUUUAAUAUUUGACAUGUACCUGAUCAAUCAAAUCAAACCUCAGCACAGAGUAAGAUUUCCGACUUCUGUUUGAUCUUUCCAAACCACGUCUUUUGUGGUUUUUUUGUCAGUAAGACAAAGGUGGACACAUACGGAACUUGUAUUUGUAUGUUGUUUCCUCCUCCUCCAUUUUUGCCGACGCACUACCUGCAAAUCCUGCCAUGAGUGAGCAUCGGUGCAGACUCGCUAAAGGGCGGAACGGUCCACUCGCCCUCCUCACUCUGUGGUUUGGGACAGCCUUCAAUAUGGCGGAGCCUCCGCGGGGACACGCAAACGGAGGGAGAGUGUAUAGGGCAAGUGUUUAGGGGGCAGUUUGGGAUUGGGCCAAAGUGCAGAGAGCUUUUGGCUUCAAAUCCGUAUACAGGCGGUAGGCGGAACCAAGUUGUCCAUAGUAUAUACAGUCUAUGCAAGAAGCACACCUGUGACAAACAUCCCUUUUUUAAGUAUUUAUUCAUACAAGAGAAAAAAAUUAAAGCUGGAGCCGUAGAUGUUUAAAAUAAUUGGUCCUUUUUCUGGCUUUUCUUAUUGACUUCAGCGCAAAAGAUUUUUGCAGUUUUUCACGACUUACGUUGUGAAAAUUUCCGAAAAUAUUAUUUUCUGUACAAACAAAUGACUUUCAAUUCAAUGAGAACUAUUAUUGAAACAAUAUAAUUUGUCAACUUAUUUGUGUAUUUGGUUGUUAGCUUGGUUUGGAAACAGAUGAUGCAUAGUUAGUGGAUGGAUGUGCAAAAUUAGAUCUGUGAAGGUUCUGUUUUGCACAAAAGAAAGCACAAGAAAAAAAGAUAGUGAUCAGAUAGUGGCUGUACGCUACUUGUCCCUGUCAUCUUGUGGGAAAUACAUGUGGUAUAGUAAAUUAUAAUUCAAACAGCACCACAAAUCCCCCACGUAGUGCACUGCAUUUUAAGCUGUGGGUGAUUUCAGUGUAUCAGCCAGCAUUAAUGAGUUCAUCUCAUCAGUUGUGUGUCUCCAGUUGUCAUCAAAUGCUCCUGUGGUGACAGUAACAUGUCUUAUUUUUUUAAGAGACAACUAACAGUUGGUGAGAUUUGGGGGGUAUAUCACUAACACAAAACCCUAUCAGCAUACCGAGCCUGUCACUACUACCAGCAAGCAGAUCACACGUCAGGAUGUAAAGGUUCUGAUGAAGUAGUCCUGUAAAUUUCAGGCCUAUUACUGUCAGAAAUGUGGCCAGGUAAGCAGAAUAAAAAAAGUUUUCAUUUGGUGUCCUUAUUAAAUUUCUGACGAGACUUCACAUUAAAGUAAAUGGGCCAAAUGUUUUCAUGUCGAAUGUUGAAUAGUGUCAAAGAAGAAGCAAACCAAGAAAUUGGGGCAAUAUGAAAAGUAAAUAAAAAUUUGUAGGCAGAAAAAACAAGUACUCUUCAGUGGAACAGAGCUGUUUGGUUUCAUUUUGGAUGCUCAGCUUACAAUGUCAAAACACAAUGCCACCAAACCAGCUGGCUUGCAUGUAGAGUCUUGAUAAAUGCUCCUCAUUCCAGUAAGUGAGUUUUCACACCUUGAAAAAAAGAGAUGGAGCAGAUAAAUAGAGUGACAGUUCCAGGUUCUGUACGCAAGCCUGCCUCUUAUUUCAACCCCAAAGCCAGCUUUGUUCAGCAUUACGUUCUUGCCUGUGAACAGAGUGUCUUAUUUGUCUUUCUGGAUGAUUGUUUUUCUUGUUUGUUGAGAAGAUAUCAUGGAUGACUAUCAGGGUCCACCACAUGAACCGACAGCACCUGCGUACCCUGGCCCCCCUUUGAACCCGAACUUAAGGAGCAUCGAUUCCCAGUUAUACGGUGACUCUAACUUCCAAAGACAAGUCUAAGGAAGUAAAAGCCUACCACAGAAACUGCCUCUAUCUAUCUAUCUAUCUAUCUAUCUAUCUAUCUAUCUAUCUAUCUAUCUAUCUAUCUAUCUAUCUAUCUAUCUAUCUAUCUAUCUAUCUAUCUAUCUAUCUAUUUUUGGUUAUUAUUAUUAUUUGUUUAUUGUUUGCAUGUAUGAUGGUAUGUAUGUCUGUAUGUAUUGGUGUAUGUUUUUUAUGUAUGUAUUUUACUUUAGUUACUGUAGUUGUUUUUGUUUUCAUUUGUGUGUGUAAGUGCUCGCACCCUUUGAGCAGUUUCUAAACCCAACACUUUUGCCAAUACUCUAGUAGUUUUUUUUUUUUUUUUUUUGUAUGAAGUAUUGUACUUCUCUUCAUUAAACAUUGCAUCUGUUACCGGGUUAAAAAAAAAAAAAAAAGGCGGAAACUCUAAAAGGGCCCAGGCUUCCCGUCAACAGCAUGACUAGAGGCUAUUUCGCAGAUACCAUGUGAGGUAUCUAACAUACCAGAGAGUGAGGAACUAACAGGCGUGCUGAAUUCCCAGAAAUAGUUACCCUAGUAAAGCUUGACAUGCAUUCAUCCUUUCUAGGUUAAUUUCUCACUAGUGUAACAUUGCUUUCAAAUUCCUUUCCUACCUUAAUGGUACUUGAGAACUUCGAAAAAAGUCAUUCUGAUUGAGGAGAUGUUUGAUACUAUUUCCACCUCUUAGUAUUGCACAUAAACAUCCAGAUAGGCAUAAACAGAUUGUUCUUCACAAUAAUGCUGUACUGUAGUGGUACUCUAAUUUCUCAACAUAACCAUUUCAUUUUAGUACAUGUGCUUGAAAUUUUCUUCUUUUUUUUUUCAACUUUUUUUUUUUAUCAUCCUGUAAACUUUUCUCUUGUUGUUGUUUUCUCAGUUCCAGCUGCACACCCUGCUCACCUGAUCAACCCACAACAGUGCCAGGUCAUGCGGACUGGUAGGGUCACAAAAAUCUAUAAAACUUUGCAAUCAUUAUUCUUCGUAAGAAAAAUCAAAGUUCAGUUUCAGGUGAUAAAGUGGAGUAGAGUGUUGUUGUUUCUUUAAGUGUAAUGUGUGUGUUUUUAUAGAGGCCUCAGGUGUGGUGAUAGCACAGUCACUCCCCACUGAUGUCCCUGGACGGAUGGUGUGUCCUCACUGCCAAAACAGUAUUAUUACUGAAAUCACGUACAAGAAUGGCCAGCACACCUGGGAGGCGUGUGUGAUGUUAGGACUUUUUCUGUGAGUAAAAACUUACCUUACAGACAUAGAAGCACCCAUGAAAAUCCAGAUAUUCAGAUGGCUUUGUCAAAGAAACACAUAUGUUUAAGAUGUAAAAACAAAUGUGUUAUAUGACUGCAUAUACUGCAAAAAUGAACAGGCUCUCUGACAGUGAAGUACACGAAAACAUGGUACAUAAAAGAAUGAUAAAAAAAACCAUUAAACUAUUUAUCUUAUGUUUUAUUUAUUUAUUCUGAUGAUAACUUUUCUAAUUUUAAUAACAUCCAUUGAUCAACAAAAUGAUCUUGGAGACCAAAUCCAAGACAGGACCCCAAAUGUUGAGAUAUCAAUGAUUUAAAGGGCACAGAGUUGAAAGAGACUUUGAAAAAGUGUUUUGACUUUAUUUCUUUUCACUGUAUAAUAAUUUCUACUAUACAAACAACAAUGAUCUCAGUGGAUUUCAAUUUUUAACAUGUGGGUUCACUGGUAAUCAGUCAAGGGCACCACAUGCUGCUUCCUAUAAGCAGACUAACAAGGUUUAUAGAAUCCACAUUGUUGUGCAGAUGAUUGAGCAAAUUUUUUAAUUUCAUUUUGUUCUAAAGGGACACUCUGGACAGUCAGACAUAUGUAAGUGUACCUGGUUUAGCUAAAAGGCAAUUUUUUUAUCUGGUAGUCCCUCUACCUGAUGUUGUUUGGUUUUCUGAAAAUAAUUCUUGUUCAGUAGCACAACAUUAAUUAAAGAAUUAAAGGUGGGGUAGGCAGGAUCUGAGGAAGUGCCAGUUUUUGGAAGAAAUCUUGAAUGUAAACUUUACCCCUCCCAACCAGUUUUCCCCUCAGCUCCUCCUCUCCCCUCCCUCUCUGCUCCAGCAAGUCCCGCCCACAAACAGACGCUCCUUCUCACUCGUAUCGUUCCAGUUAAAUUCAGAUAUAAUGUAGAUAAAUACUUCAGAUAAUUACAAAUGAGGCCCAGUCAACAUGAAAGUAAAAAGCAUUGGUGCUACUGUAGAUGCCAACAGACUACCAGCAAACACAAUGUUUGCAGGACUUCUACAACUAGGACAAAGUGACAUACUCCAGGACCCGCAGGAUUCAGUUUAGUGGCAAUACAACACACAGUGGCAAUACCCCCCCCCCCCCCCCCCCGUCAUUCAUGCUUAUGUUGACCUGGCUUCUUAGCUCUUGUCCGGUCUAGCUCCUUUUUAAGCGCCCAUUAUUCCGCCUGAGUCUCCAGUAUUUACUUUGUUUUAUUGCUUGUGUUUUCCGUACUUCUGGUUGGUUUCUACUGUUCGAUGUUGUAGCAUGCUAACUUUGUCUGGGCUCGUGAACAUUAUAUUAGCAGCGUCCGCCUCACAACCAAUUAGGUCGGGGGAGGUGGAGAACGGCUUUGUUUACAGUCAGAAAGAGCAGGCUGCUCAAAAACUUUAAAAUGUUGACUACAGAGACAUCUUCUGCUUCUUUAACGGAAUCCUGCCUACUUCACCUUUAAGUUCAAUCAAAUUAAAUUACAUUAAAUUAGAAAAAAGUUAUAUUUCAGUGUUACUGAAAUGUCAUUCUGAUCUCUCAUGUUAGGUGCUUGCCUUUCUUAUGGAUCCCCUUCUGCAUCAAGUCGUGUAAAGAUGUGGCGCACUCCUGCCCCAACUGUCAGAAAGUCAUACAUAUCCACAAACUAUAGACACACAACGCCACAGGAAUGCAAACUUUGUGAACUGAAAUCAUUUCAUGUCAACAUAUUUUUACAGUUUUCCUCCUUUGGUUUGGCUCAUUUCUUGAGACAGAAAUUACAUGGACAAACCUCCAAACUACUUGGCAUUUGUUCACAACAGAAUUGAAUUUCUCCUUCAUUUCCCCAUACUGCAAAUGUCUUAGUACAUGUCUCAAUGUCUCAGUACAUCUCGCUAAUGAUUAAAUACAGAUAGCUUGCAUUAAGCACACUUUAAAAGUGAAUAGGUCUUGUUGAUCUAAACUAAUUGUUGACUUCUCAGUCUCAUGGUUUUUCUCUCCAAAACAUGUCAGCAUAAUUUCAUUGUUUAAGUCAUCAAAUGCAUAAUAGUCUUUCGGAACAUUGGAUAAAUUGAUUACUGUCAUUGACAGUCAGGUAAAACUAGAGCAUGACUAAUGAAGGAGGAGUUUCACACAUCUCGGAUGAACAAUCAAACAGUGUGUUUAUUCACUGUCCAUGAUAGUGAAUGCUGCCAAAUAUGAGCUUGACCAGGAUUAGAGAAAUUUCUGAACAUGGAAGCACCUGGCCAAAAGCCAAAGACAUGGCCCUAACAUUAUUGGCCACCGAGCCACAGGGGCAAUAUAACUAUGUGCUGCUAUUUCCGAGAAUGGUGUGGCCACUCACAUCCCCAAUCUUGGUCCAUACAAUACACAGAAGCUCCUCAUUUCCUUGGACAGCCUUUUUUCUGAUUUGAUCCCUGAAAAUGAGAGAGGUCUCGUCGGACCUCACCUACCAAACUAGGUAAUUGUGCGGUACAAUGUGAAUUUCUACCAUGACCCACUCAUCAGGGCCUGGUUCACUAUUCAUCCAAAGAUGGUCGUGGUGUACCUACUACUGUACUCUCCUUUCCUCAAUCCUAUUGAGGAGUUUUUCUCUGUUUCAAGGUGGAGAGUGUUUAAUCAUCAGGCUCAAAAUCAGAGGUCUCUGCUCGAUGUAAUGGAUGCUGUGUGUGAAGACAUUACAGGUGAUAAGUGUAGAGGAUGGAUGUAUGAGUGCAAUGUGGGAUGUCAAAGUUUGGAGAAUAUUCUUAUCAUAAAAUCCUUUUUUUCUCUUUUGUAAACAAUGACAUUCAGCUGGCUGGACAAAAAAAACUUGACCAGUAACCAUUGUCAGUAAAGGACUGGGCAAAGACUGAGAGGUGGAUAUGAGGGAUAUUUCAAUAGUCGUCUGCUAUAAUAACAAAACAAAACAUUUUGACUUGCAGUGCUUACUCAAUGCCAAAGGGAUCGUGCAUUUUGGGGGCACUGACUAUUUAUAUGAGAAGAUAAUUCUGUUUUGACAUGAGUGAACUGUUUGGGGAGAGAUAAGAAAUGAGAAGAGUCUGUAUUUUUGGUGGCACUGACUAUUUAUAUAAGAAGGAUAUUUAGUAAUGAAGCAUGAAUGGACAGUUUGGGGAGAGAUAUAGACCUUAGCAGGUGAACCAUUGUGUUGUGCUGAACUGUGAGAUGGUUUUGUCAAAUGAUCUUAGAGGUGAUUGAAGUGCUUGGAAAUCUUACAGUGCCAUGUAGAAGAAGAAGAAGAAAAAAAACAGCUGUUUUGUUUUUGAUGUAAUCCAAAAUAAAAAGGAAGACUUCUUCAUAACAUUGUAUAUACUGUGUGUAUUUUUAUGUGUGUUUGUGCAAGGGUGUUUUGAUGAAGAAUGUCAACUCUUCAGUUCACUUACAGCUAGUCUGAGUGGUACAUCAUCUAUGUCCUAUUACCAAGAGCACAAAGAGGCAUAUAUAGAAAAUAAUAUAAACCUGUCUACCUGAUACAAAGACAAUGAAAUAACAAUGUAAACACUGGCUGGGAGAAGACAGUUAGCACAGUGUAAUGAGGCCCUAGAGGCACAUUCACAAGUGCUAUCUUAAUAGUAAUGUAAAAUCACCUUUUUACUAGUGAACCUUUAUUUAGCAGAACUGUCAUUAACGAGAAUGGAUCAUGAUCAUCAAAUCAUCUCACACUAUGAGUGAAAUCUUUAUUUGGUAAUGCUUCCUUUUAUUAAGAUUUAACCUUCAUGCAGUACACAAAGAAAAACUAGGCCAAUUGAUGAUCUUCAACGGGUAAAUUCAGUCAAAAAAAUAAGUCACUAUAUCCCUUUUUUCAUGGACUUGUGUUAAGUGCGGCUAAUGAGAAAAGUAGGAUUCCAACUUUUGCUUGAUUUAACGACUGACUUCACAUGCUUUUUUAAAGCGAGUGGUUGUAUUCUUAUCAGUUGGUAUUUUACAAAGAAAAGAGAGAUGAGAAAGAACAAAGUGGAAAAACAAGGAAGAGGAGAAGAAGAAGAAGAGAACAUGAGUUGCAGGAACAGUGUCUUUUUGGGGGUGCUGAUUGAUUCAAUCUCCACUGGACAAUCAAAAAAAAAAAAAAAAAAAAAAGAAAAGGACAAAAGGAUUUCUGAAUUCUAAAGACAAACAUACUCACAGUUUUUUAGGUCUUCAGACAAGAGUUGAGUGUAAUUCUCCAAGCAGACAGCAGGUAGAGACUGUCACACAUGACUCAGCUCCACAUCCUGUUCAAUACCAGGUACACUGUUACAUGGCUGGUGACGCUUCCAUGGCAACAGAUUCCUUUCAGCUUUUCUAGUUAUACAUAUAAAUUAAAUCUUCCAAUUUAUGGUUGAGUUAAAAUACACUCAUCUUUUAUAAUUAACAUCAAACUGAAAAUUUUUCAACAAAGGUUAUUUUAUGAAAGUGAACGGUAUAUCAACAGGAAUAUUUAUUUUGACAUGUCUGUCUUUAUUCUGCUCUGCCUUUUCUUUGGGUGUUCCACCUCCAGACUAAAACGUCAUAACUUUUUACAUUCUAUUAUCACAUUGCUAUUAUCACUACUCCUUAUGGGCUAAGUUAUGCUGCAGCAUUCAGCAACUCACAAAUUCCUGUCACCAGCUCUGGGGUUGUUGUCUGGAUUGCAGGACAGGACAGUAUCUUUUAUUAGCAGUUUAGCAUUGCUUUUUCAGCUUUCAGCACUCAGCAUUUCCACGCAUUUUCUACAAGGAAAUGCAAAUUUUCUAGUUCCACUUAGACUUUGAUAAAUGGAUUUAACAAUUUUGGAUUUUCACUUAAAUUACCCAAAUUUCUGCCAUGUGAGGAGUUUCGAUAAAAGCAAUGCCAAGUGUAAUGCGGAAGUGUUGUAUUGAUAUUGGAUUUUCACUUGGACUUACAAGUACAGUACACCCCUUUACGGUGGGGACAUAAAGAAGCGAAAUCUGCAAAGUGAAGCUGGGCGAAACUCAGUGUUCUGAAGGUGAAUAUCUACCAGUCUACUACUCUCCUUGAAGUAACUAUAGGUUAUAAUGACACGUGAAUCUGCUGUGUAUUGUGACUGGACCACUGUACAGCCCAUCCCUGAGUCUAGCUCGGCUAUUGGACACUCACUUCACAAGAUGGUCGCAACGCGCGAUAAAUUCGCAUGGAGUUGGAGAUCUCUGAACUUUUGGACGUGUCGCAAUGACAGUUUCGAUGCACUCCAAGGACCAUGUCAUAUUGUGUACACACAAUACUGUGCGGGAGCAAAAUCACUUCUCAUAGAAAAUAGGUCCAGCUUCUAUUAGCUGUCUACUGGGGCCAGCGUUAGGCCCAGGAUAAGCUUGCCGUGUGCACAUUUCAUGCCUAAAUGCGUUGCCAUGGUAUUUUAUGUCCAUGUUACGCGUGAUAGCACACCUGAACACAAGGUAUGCAGACAUGUGCGCAUGUUGCAGUAUUGACACAACCGCGAGGGGCGAUCUUCCGAACUUCCAUGUUGAGCUCGUGGUAGAGUCAAACAAUGGUGGAAAAUAUUUAAGAGAGCCCAGUUGGCUAUCUGCCCCCUACAUGAAACCGCCAGUAUCCAGUGUUGCCAAUUUAGUGACUUUUAGCCGUCUCUGGCGACUAAAACCUCAUCUAGCGACUUAGCGGCUUUUUAGGUGAAUCUGGCGACUUUAAAAAAACACAUCUCUCGAGUGUCAAAAUCAUUGUUUUUCAAUGUAACUUCAGCUCUGCACCGCCACCAGAAGGUUAUUUCAUGGUUAAGCAGCACUGCGCAUUAGCCCCGAUCUCGAAACUGUACCCUUUGGGAUUGUCAACAUAGCCAUGUAGACACAUUUUCUUGAUCUCAGUGAGUCGUGUCUGAUGUUAUGACAUCAUAGUAACGUCAUGACGUAAUCUAGCGACUUUUCAGAGAACCAAUAGCGACUUUUGGUGAUUUGUUUUUGGCAACACUACCAGUAUCGUGCAUAGUGCUCUGAUCGUUCUGCUGCAAGUAUGUGCAGUUGCGCACGUAAAUUACGUCACACAGCUAGCAUAUCCUGGGCCUUAGGGCUCACUGAAAGGACUUUCAUUCAAAACCCUUGGUAAAUCAGAGGCCCUUUAAGAACAUUUGUAAUCAGAGGGCUCUCUUAACAGUAUGCUCUUCCAUUAGGGCUCUCCCUAGGGCCCCCACAUAGCCAGAAGUCACGACUCUUAGCAGGGGCUUUCGUAAUCAUAGGGCCCUCUGAAAGCAUUCCCCCCUACUUCCUUGAACCCUUAGUUGGUAAACAUUAGGGCUCCCUUAGGAGUAUUCACGAGAGGCACUACAGCAGGGCCAGCCCAGGGGCCCUCUGACUGCCGUCCCUCAUAGCCCAGGGGCCCUCUGCCGUGCCUGUCCUCCCCGCCCAAUUCAUAUAACCCUUCUCUCUCAUUUCUCUUCAGAUAUGCCCUACAACAGUGUGAGUAGUCAUAAGAUCCUAGAGAAUAGAGGCCCUCUGAGAUUGCAAUUGGCAUCGGCAUCUACAUCGCUUUGGCCCCCCCCCCCGGGCCCCUGGACCCUUGGGCGCCGGCACCACUGGCCCGGUCCGUAAUACGGCCCUGGUGACAGGAGCUAAAUUAUAUAUCUGAUUGUUAGUGAUUCCACAUGUCUUUAAACCAUUUUAAUAUUUGACAUGUACCUGAUCAAUCAAAUCAAACCUCAGCACAGAGUAAGAUUUCCGACUUCUGUUUGAUCUUUCCAAACCACGUCUUUUGUGGUUUUUUUGUCAGUAAGACAAAGGUGGACACAUACGGAACUUGUAUUUGUAUGUUGUUUCCUCCUCCUCCAUUUUUGCCGACGCACUACCUGCAAAUCCUGCCAUGAGUGAGCAUCGGUGCAGACUCGCUAAAGGGCGGAACGGUCCACUCGCCCUCCUCACUCUGUGGUUUGGGACAGCCUUCAAUAUGGCGGAGCCUCCGCGGGGACACGCAAACGGAGGGAGAGUGUAUAGGGCAAGUGUUUAGGGGGCAGUUUGGGAUUGGGCCAAAGUGCAGAGAGCUUUUUGGCUUCAAAUCCGUAUACAGGCGGUAGGCGGAACCAAGUUGUCCAUAGUAUAUACAGUCUAUGCAAGAAGCACACCUGUGACAAACAUCCCUUUUUUAAGUAUUUAUUCAUACAAGAGAAAAAAAUUAAAGCUGGAGCCGUAGAUGUUUAAAAUAAUUGGUCCUUUUUCUGGCUUUUCUUAUUGACUUCAGCGCAAAAGAUUUUUGCAGUUUUUCACGACUUACGUUGUGAAAAUUUCCGAAAAUAUUAUUUUCUGUACAAACAAAUGACUUUCAAUUCAAUGAGAACUAUUAUUGAAACAAUAUAAUUUGUCAACUUAUUUGUGUAUUUGGUUGUUAGCUUGGUUUGGAAACAGAUGAUGCAUAGUUAGUGGAUGGAUGUGCAAAAUUAGAUCUGUGAAGGUUCUGUUUUGCACAAAAGAAAGCACAAGAAAAAAAGAUAGUGAUCAGAUAGUGGCUGUACGCUACUUGUCCCUGUCAUCUUGUGGGAAAUACAUGUGGUAUAGUAAAUUAUAAUUCAAACAGCACCACAAAUCCCCCACGUAGUGCACUGCAUUUUAAGCUGUGGGUGAUUUCAGUGUAUCAGCCAGCAUUAAUGAGUUCAUCUCAUCAGUUGUGUGUCUCCAGUUGUCAUCAAAUGCUCCUGUGGUGACAGUAACAUGUCUUAUUUUUUUAAGAGACAACUAACAGUUGGUGAGAUUUGGGGGGUAUAUCACUAACACAAAACCCUAUCAGCAUACCGAGCCUGUCACUACUACCAGCAAGCAGAUCACACGUCAGGAUGUAAAGGUUCUGAUGAAGUAGUCCUGUAAAUUUCAGGCCUAUUACUGUCAGAAAUGUGGCCAGGUAAGCAGAAUAAAAAAAGUUUUCAUUUGGUGUCCUUAUUAAAUUUCUGACGAGACUUCACAUUAAAGUAAAUGGGCCAAAUGUUUUCAUGUCGAAUGUUGAAUAGUGUCAAAGAAGAAGCAAACCAAGAAAUUGGGGCAAUAUGAAAAGUAAAUAAAAAUUUGUAGGCAGAAAAAACAAGUACUCUUCAGUGGAACAGAGCUGUUUGGUUUCAUUUUGGAUGCUCAGCUUACAAUGUCAAAACACAAUGCCACCAAACCAGCUGGCUUGCAUGGAGAGUCUUGAGAAAUGCUCCUCAUUCCAGUAAGUGAGUUUUCACACCUUGAAAAAAAGAGAUGGAGCAGAUAAAUAGAGUGACAGUUCCAGGUUCUGUACGCAAGCCUGCCUCUUAUUUCAACCCCAAAGCCAGCUUUGUUCAGCAUUACGUUCUUGCCUGUGAACGGAGUGUCUUAUUUGUCUUUCUGGAUAAUUGUUUUUCUUGUUUGUUGAGAAGAUAUCAUGGAUGACUAUAAGGGACCACCACGUGAACCGACAGCACCUGCGUACCCCGGCCCCCCUUUGAACCCGAACUUAAGGAGCAUCGAUUCCCAGUUAUACGGUGACUCUAACUUCCAAAGACAAGUCUAAGGAAGUAAAAGCCUACCACAGAAACUGCCUCUAUCUAUCUAUCUAUCUAUCUAUCUAUCUAUCUAUCUAUCUAUCUAUUUUUGGUUAUUAUUAUUAUUUGUUUAUUGUUUGCAUGUAUGAUGGUAUGUAUGUCUGUAUGUAUUGAUGUAUGUUUUCUAUAUAUGUAUUUUACUUUAGUUACUGUAGUUGUUUUUGUUUUCAUUUGUGUGUGUAAGUGCUCGCACCCUUUGAGCAGUUUCUAAACCCAACACUUUUGCCAAUACUCUAGUAGUUUUUUUGUUUUGUUUUUUUUUGUAUGAAGUAUUGUACUUCUCUUCAUUUAACAUUGCAUCUGUUACCGGGUUAAAAAAAAAAAAAAAAAAAAGGCGGAAACUCUAAAAGGGCCCAGGCUUCCCGUCAACAGCAUGACUAGAGGCUAUUUCGCAGAUACCAUGUGAGGUAUCUAACAUACCAGAGAGUGAGGAACUAACAGGCGUGCUGAAUUCCCAGAAAUAGUUACCCUAGUAAAGCUUGACAUGCAUUCAUCCUUUCUAGGUUAAUUUCUCACUAGUGUAACAUUGCUUUCAAAUUCCUUUCCUACCUUAAUGGUACUUGAGAACUUCGAAAAAAGUCAUUCUGAUUGAGGAGAUGUUUGAUACUAUUUCCACCUCUUAGUAUUGCACAUAAACAUCCAGAUAGGCAUAAACAGAUUGUUCUUCACAAUAAUGCUGUACUGUAGUGGUACUCUAAUUUCUCAACAUAACCAUUUCAUUUUAGUACAUGUGCUUGAAAUUUUCUUCUUUUUUUUUCAACUUUUUUUUUUUAUCAUCCUGUAAACUUUUCUCUUGUUGCUGUUUUCUCAGUUCCAGCUGCACACCCUGCUCACCUGAUCAACCCACAACAGUGCCAGGUCAUGCGGACUGGUAGGGUCACAAAAAUCUAUAAAACUUUGCAAUCAUUAUUCUUCGUAAGAAAAAUCAAAGUUCAGUUUCAGGUGAUAAAGUGGAGUAGAGUGUUGUUGUUUCUUUAAGUGUAAUGUGUGUGUUUUUAUAGAGGCCUCAGGUGUGGUGAUAGCACAGUCACUCCCCACUGAUGUCCCUGGACGGAUGGUGUGUCCUCACUGUCAAAACAGUAUUAUUACAGAGAUCACGUACAAGAAUGGCCAGCACACCUGGGAGGCGUGUAUGAUGUUAGGACUUUUUCUGUGAGUAAAAACUUACCUUACAGACAUAGAAGCACCCAUGAAAAUCCAGAUAUUCAGAUAGCUUUGUCAAAGAAACACAUACGUUUAAGAUGUAAAAACAAAUGUGUUAUAUGACUGCAUAUACUGCAAAAAUGAACAGGCUCUCUGACAGUGAAGUACACGAAAACAUGGUACAUAAAAGAAUGAUAAAAAAAAACAUUAAACUAUUUAUCUUAUGUUUUAUUUAUUUAUUCUGAUGAUAACUUUUCUAAUUUUAAUAACAUCCAUUGAUCAACAAAAUGAUCUUGGAGACCAAAUCCAAGACAGGACCCCAAAUGUUGAGAUAUCAAUGAUUUAAAGGGCACAGAGUUGAAAGAGACUUUGAAAAAGUGUUUUGACUUUAUUUCUUUUCACUGUAUAAUAAUUUCUACUAUACAAACAACAAUGAUCUCAGUGGAUUUCAGUUUUGAACAUGUGGGUUCACUGGUAAUCAGUCAAGGGCACCACAUGCUGCUUCCUAUAAGCAGACUAACAAGGUUUAUAGAAUCCACAUUGUUGUGCAGAUGAUUGAGCAAAUUUUUUAAUUUCAUUUUGUUCUAAAGGGACACUCUGGACAGUCAGACAUAUGUAAGUGUACCUGGUUUAGCUAAAAGGCAAUUUUUUUAUCUGGUAGUCCCUCUACCUGAUGUUGUUUGGUUUUCUGAAAAUAAUUCUUGUUCAGUAGCACAACAUUAAUUAAAGAAGUAAAGGUGGGGUAGGCAGGAUCUGAGGAAGUGCCAGUUUUUGGAAGAAAUCUUGAAUGUAAACUCUACCCCUCCCAACCAGUUUUCCCCUCAGCUCCUCCUCUCCCCUCCCUCUCUGCUCCAGCAAGUCCCGCCCACAAACAGACGCUCCUUCUCACUCGUAUCAUUCCAGUUAAAUUCAGAUAUAAUGUAGAUAAAUACUUCAGAUAAUUACAAAUGAGGCCCAGUCAACAUGAAAGUAAAAAGCAUUGGUGCUACUGUAGAUGCCAACAGACUACCAGCAAACACAAUGUUUGCAGGACUUCUACAACUAGGAUCAAGUGACAUACUCCAGGACCCGCAGGAUUCAGUUUAGUGGCACUACAACACACAGCAGGUCUCGUUUGACAAGAAACACUUCUGUUACAGACACUCGGCUUACUUUGUUAAAGUGGUUUACCUGUCCAGCAGAAAGGUUACAGGGUCUGUAAGAUCCGGAAGCGCCCCCCCCCCCGUCAUACAUGCUGAUGUUGACCUGGCUUCUUAGCUCUUGUCCGGUCUAGCUCCUUUUUAAGCGCCCAUUAUUCCGCCUGAGUCUCCAGUAUUUACUUUGUUUUAUUGCUUGUGUUUUCCGUACUUCUGGUUGGUUUCUACUGUUCGAUGUUGUAGCAUGCUAACUUUGUCUGGGCUCGUGAACAUUAUAUUAGCAGCGUCCGCCUCACAACCAAUUAGGUCGGGGGAGGUGGAGAACGGCUUUGUUUACAGUCAGAAAGAGCAGGCUGCUCAAAAACUUUAAAAUGUUGACUACAGAGACAUCUUCUGCUUCUUUAACGGAAUCCUGCCUACUUCACCUUUAAGUUCAAUCAAAUUAAAUUACAUUAAAUUAGAAAAAAGUUAUAUUUCAGUGUUACUGAAAUGUCAUUCUGAUCUCUCAUGUUAGGUGCUUGCCUUUCUUAUGGAUCCCCUUCUGCAUCAAGUCGUGUAAAGAUGUGGCGCACUCCUGCCCCAACUGUCAGAAAGUCAUACAUAUCCACAAACUAUAGACACACAACGCCACAGGAAUGCAAACUUUGUGAACUGAAAUCAUUUCAUGUCAACAUAUUUUUACAGUUUUCCUCCUUUGGUUUGGCUCAUUUCUUGAGACAGAAAUUACAUGGACAAACCUCCAAACUACUUGGCAUUUGUUCAGAACAGAAUUGAAUUUCUCCUUCAUUUCCCCAUACUGCAAAUGUCUUAGUACAUGUCUCAAUGUCUCAGUACAUCUCGCUAAUGAUUAAAUACAGAUAGCUUGCAUUAAGCACACUUUAAAAGUGAAUAGGUCUUGUUGAUCAAAACUAAUUGUUGACUUCUCAGUCUCAUGGUUUUUCUCUCCAAAACAUGUCAGCAUAAUUUCAUUGUUUAAGUCAUCAAAUGCAUAAUAGUCUUUCGGAACAUUGGAUAAAUUGAUUACUGUCAUUGACAGUCAGGUAAAACUAGAGCAUGACUAAUGAAGGAGGAGUUUCACACAUCUCGGAUGAACAAUCAAACAGUGUGUUUAUUCACUGUCCAUGAUAGUGAAUGCUGCCAAAUAUGAGCUUGACCAGGAUUAGAGAAAUUUCUGAACAUGGAAGCACCUGGCCAAAAGCCAAAGACAUGACCCUAACAUUAUUGGCCACCGAGCCACAGGGGCAAUAUAACUAUGUGCUGCUAUUUCUGAGACUGGUGUGGCCACUCACAUCCCCAAUCUUGGUCCAUACAAUACACAGAAGCUCCUCAUUUCCUUGGACAGCCUUUUUUCUGAUUUGAUCCCUGAAAAUGAGAGAGGUCUCGUCGGACCUCACCUACCAAACUAGGUAAUUGUGCGGUACAAUGUGAAUUUCUACCAUGACCCACUCAUCAGGGCCUGGUUCACUAUUCAUCCAAAGAUGGUCGUGGUGUACCUACUACUGUACUCUCCUUUCCUCAAUCCUAUUGAGGAGUUUUUCUCUGUUUCAAGGUGGAGUGUUUAAUCAUCAGGCUCAAAAUCAGAGGUCUCUGCUCGAUGUAAUGGAUGCUGUGUGUGAAGACAUUACAGGUGAUAAGUUUAGAGGAUGGAUGUAUGAGUGCAAUGUGGGAUGUCAAAGUUUGGAGAAUAUUCUUAUCAUAAAAUCCUUUUUUUCUCUUUUGUAAACAAUGACAUUCAGCUGGCUGGACAAAAAAAAACUUGACCAGUAACCAUUGUCAGUAAAGGACUGGGCAAAGACUGAGAGGUGGAUAUGAGGGAUAUUUCAAUAGUCGUCUGCUAUAAUAACAAAACAAAACAUUUUGACUUGCAGUGCUUACUCAAUGCCAAAGGGAUCGUGCAUUUUGGGGGCACUGACUAUUUAUAUGAGAAGAUAAUUCUGUUUUGACAUGAGUGAACUGUUUGGGGAGAGAUAUGAAAUGAGAAGAGUCUGUAUUUUUGGUGGCACUGACUAUUUAUAUAAGAAGGAUAUUUAGUAAUGAAGCAUGAAUGGACAGUUUGGGGAGAGAUAUAGACCUUAGCAGGUGAACCAUUGUGUUGUGCUGAACUGUGAGAUGGUUUUGUCAAAUGAUCUUAGAGGUGAUUGAAGUGCUUGGAAAUCUUACAGUGCCAUGUAGAAGAAGAAGAAGAAAAAAAACAGCUGUUUUGUUUUUGAUGUAAUCCAAAAUAAAAAGGAAGACUUCUUCAUAACAUUGUAUAUACUGUGUGUAUUUUUAUGUGUGUUUGUGCAAGGGUGUUUUGAUGAAGAAUGUCAACUCUUCAGUUCACUUACAGCUAGUCUGAGUGGUACAUCAUCUAUGUCCUAUUACCAAGAGCACAAAGAGGCAUAUAUAGAAAAUAAUAUAAACCUGUCUACCUGAUACAAAGACAAUGAAAUAACAAUGUAAACACUGGCUGGGAGAAGACAGUUAGCACAGUGUAAUGAGGCCCUAGAGGCACAUUCACAAGUGCUAUCUUAAUAGUAAUGUAAAAUCACCUUUUUACUAGUGAACCUUUAUUUAGCAGAACUGUCAUUAACGAGAAUGGAUCAUGAUCAUGAAUCAUCUCACACUAUGAGUGAAAUCUUUAUUUGGUAAUGCUUCCUUUUAUUAAGAUUUAACCUUCAGGCAGUACACAAAGAAAAACUAGGCCAAUAGAUGAUCUUCAACGGGUAAAUUCAGUCAAAAAAAUAAGUCAAUAUAUCCCUUUUUUCAUGGACUUGUGUUAAGAGCGGCUAAUGAGAAAAGUAGGAUUCCAACUUUUGCUUGAUUUAACGACUGACUUCACAUGCUUUUUUAAAGCGAGUGGUUGUAUUCUUAUCAGUUGGUAUUUUACAAAGAAAAGAGAGAUGAGAGAGAACAAAGUGGAAAAACAAGGAAGAGGAGAAGAAGAAGAAGAGAACAUGAGUUGCAGGAACAGUGUCUUUUUGGGGGUGCUGAUUGAUCCAAUCUCCACUGGACAAUCAAAAAAAAAAAAAGAAAAAAGAAAAGGACAAAAGGAUUUCUGAAUUCUAAAGACAAACAUACUCACAGUUUUUUAGGUCUUCAGACAAGAGUUGAGUGUAAUUCUCCAAGCAGACAGCAGGUAGAGACUGUCACACAUGACUCAGCUCCACAUCCUGUUCAAUACCAGGUACACUGUUACAUGGCUGGUGACGCUUCCAUGGCAACAGAUUCCUUUCAGCUUUUCUAGUUAUACAUAUAAAUUAAAUCUUCCAAUUUAUGGUUGAGUUAAAAUACACUCAUCUUUUAUAAUUAACAUCAAACUGAAAAUUUUUCAACAAAGGUUAUUUUAUGAAAGUGAACAGUAUAUCAGCAGGAAUAUUUAUUUUGACAUGUCUGUCUUUAUUCUGCUCUGCCUUUUCUUUGGGUGUUCCACCUCCAGACUAAAACGUCAUAACUUUUUACAUUCUAUUAUCACAUUGCUAUUAUCACUACUCCUUAUGGGCUAAGUUAUGCUGCAGCAUUCAGCAACUCACAAAUUCCUGUCACCAGCUCUGGGGUUGUUGUCUGGAUUGCAGGACAGGACAGUAUCUUUUAUUAGCAGUUUAGCAUUGCUUUUUCAGCUUUCAGCACUCAGCAUUUCCACGCAUUUUCUACAAGGAAAUGCAAAUUUUCUAGUUCCACUUAGACUUUGAUAAAUGGAUUUAACAAUUUUGGAUUUUCACUUAAAUUACCCAAAUUUCUGCCAUGUGAGGAGUUUCGAUAAAAGCAAUGCCAAGUGUAAUGCGGAAGUGUUGUAUUGAUAUUGGAUUUUCACUUGGACUUACAAGUACAGUACACCCCUUUACGGUGGGGACAUAAAGAAGCGAAAUCUGCAAAGUGAAGCUGGGCGAAACUCAGUGUUCUGAAGGUGAAUAUCUACCAGUCUACUACUCUCCUUGAAGUAACUAUAGGUUAUAAUGACACGUGAAUCUGCUGUGUAUUGUGACUGGACCACUGUACAGCCCAUCCCUGAGUCUAGCUCGGCUAUUGGACACUCACUUCACAAGAUGGUCGCAACGCUCGAUAAAUUCGCAUGGAGUUGGAGAUCUCUGAACUUUUGGACGUGUCGCAAUGACAGUUUCGAUGCACUCCAAGGACCAUGUCAUAUUGUGUACACACAAUACUGUGUGGGAGCAAAAUCACUUCUCAUAGAAAAUAGGUCCAGCUUCUAUUAGCUGUCUACUGGGGCCAGCGUUAGGCCCAGGAUAUGCAUGCCGUGUGCACAUUUCAUGCCUAAAUGCGUUGCCAUGGUAUUUUAUGUCCAUGUUACGCGUGAUAGCACACCUGAACACAAGGUAUGCAGACAUGUGCGCAUGUUGCAGUAUUGACACAACCGCGAGGGGCGAUCUUCCGAACUUCCAUGUUGAGCUCGUGGUAGAGUCAAACAAUGGUGGAAAAUAUUAAAGAGAGCCCAGUUGGCUAUCUGCCCCCUACAUGAAACCGCCAGUAUCCAAUGUUGCCAAUUUAGCGACUUUUAGCCGUCUCUGGCGACUAAAACCUCAUCUAGCGACUUAGCGACUUUUUAGGUGAAUCUGGCGACUUUAAAAAAACACAUCUCUCGAGUGUCAAAAUCAUUGUUUUUCAAUGUCACUUCAGCUCUGCACCGCCACCAGAAGGUCAUUUCAUGGUUAAGCAGCACUGCGCAUUAGCCCCGAUCUCGAAACUGUACCCUUUGGGAUUGUCAACAUAGCCAGGUAGACACAUUUUCUUGAGCUCAGUGAGUCGUGUCUGAUGUUAUGACAUCAUAGUAACGUCAUGACGUAAUCUAGCGACUUUUCAGAGAACCAAUAGCGACUUUUGGUGAUUUGUUUUUGGCAACACUACCAGUAUCGUGCAUAGUGCUCUGAUCGUUCUGCUGCAAGUAUGUGCAGUUGCGUACAUAAAUUACGUCACACAGCUAGCAUAUCCUGGGCCUUAGGGCUCACUUAAAGGACUUUCUUUUAAAACCCUUGGUAAAUCAGAGGCCCUUUAAGAACAUUUGUAAUCAGAGGGCUCUCUUAACAGUAUGCUCUCCCAUUAGGGCUCUCCCUAGGGCCCCCACAUAGCCAGAAGUCACGACUCUUAGCAGGGGCUUUCAUAAUCAUAGGGCCCUCUGAAAGCAUUCCCCCCUACUUCCUUGAACCCUUAGUUGGUAAACGUUAGGGCUCCCUUAGGAGUAUUCACGAGAGGCACUACAGCAGGGCCAGCCCAGGGGCCCUCUGACUGCCAUCCCUCAUAGCCCAGGGGCCCUCUGCUGUCCCUGUCCCCCCCGCCCAAUUCAUAUCACCCUUCUCUCUCAUUUCUCUUCAGAUAUGCCCUACAACAGUGUGAGUAGUCAUAAGAAUAUAAGAAUAGAGGCCCUCUGAGAUUGCAAUUGGCAUCGGCAUCUACAUCGCUUUGCCCCCCCCCCCCCCCCCCCGGGCCCCUGGACCCUUGGGUGCCGGCACCACUGGCCCGGUCCGUAAUACGGCCCUGGUGACAGGAGCUAAAUUAUAUAUCUGAUUGUUAGUGAUUCCACACGUCUUUAAACCAUUUUACUAUUUGACAUGUACCUGAUCAAUCAAAUCAAACCUCAGCACAGAGUAAGAUUUCCGACUUCUGUUUGAUCUUUCCAAACCACGUCUUUUGUGAUUUUUUUUGUCAGUAAGACAAAGGUGGACACAUACGGAACUUGUGUUUGUAUGUUGUUUCCUCCUCCUCCAUUUUUGCCGGCGCACUACCUGCAAAUCCUGCCAUGAGUGAGCAUCGGUGCAGACUCGCUAAAGGGCGGAACGGUCCACUCGCCCUCCUCACUCUGUGGUUUGGGACAGCCUUCAAUAUGGCGGAGCUUCCGCGGGGACACGCAAACGGAGGGAGAGUGUAUAGGGCGAGUGUUUAGGGGGCAGUUUGGGAUUGGGCCAAAGUGCAGAGAGCUUUUUGGCUUCAAAUCUGUAUACAGGCAGUAGGCGGAACCAAGUUGUCCAUAGUGUAUACAGUCUAUGCAAAAGAACACCUGUGACAAACAUCCCUUUUUUAAGUAUUUAUUCAUACAAGAGAAAGAAAAUAAAGCUGGAGCCGUAGAUGUUUAAAAUAAUUGGUCCUUUUUCUGGCUUUUCUCAUUGACUUCAGUGCAAAAGACUUUUGCAGUUUUUCAUGACUUACGUUGUGAAAAAUUCUGAAAAUAUUAUUUUCUGUACAAACAAAUGACUUUCAAUUCAAUGAGAACUAUUAUUGAAACAAUAUAAUUUGUCAACUUAUUUGUGUAUUUGGUUGUUAGCUUGGUUUGGAAACCGAUGAUGCAUAGUUAGUGGAUGGAUGUGCAAAAUUAGAUCUGUGAAGGUUCUGUUUUGCACAAAAGAAAGCACAAGAAAAAAAGAUAGUGAUCAGAUAGUGGCUGUACGCUACUUGUCCCUGUCAUCUUGUGGGAAAUACAUGUGGUAUAGUAAAUUAUAUUUCAAACAGCACCACAAAUCCCCCAUGUAGUGCACUGCAUUUUAAGCUGUGGGUGAUUUCAGUGUAUCAGCCAGCAUUAAUGAGUUCAUCUCAUCAGUUGUGUGUCUCCAGUUGUCAUCAAAUGCUCCUGUGGUGACAGUAACAUGUCUUAUUUUUUUAAGAGACAACUAACAGUUGGUGAGAUUUGGGGGGUAUAUCACUAACACAAAACCCUAUCAGCAUACCGAGCCUGUCACUACUACCAGUAAGCAGAUCACACGUCAGGGUGUAAAGGUUCUGAUGAAGUAGUCCUGUAAAUUUCAGGCCUAUUACUGUCAGAAAUGUGGCCAGGUAAGCAGAAUAAAAAAAGUUUACAUUUGGUGUCCUUAUUUAAUUUCUGACGAGACUUCACAUUAAAGUAAAUGGGCCAAAUGUUUUCAUGUCAAAUGUUGAAUAGUGUCAAAGAAGAAGCAAACCAAGAAAUUGGGGCAAUAUGAAAAGUAAAUAAAAAUUUGUAGGCAGAACAACAAGUACUCUUCAGUGGAACAGAGCUGUUUGGUUUCAUUUUGGAUGCUCAGCUUACAAUGUCAAAACACAAUGCCACCAAACCAGCUGGCUUGCAUGUAGAGUCUUGAGAAAUGCUCCUCAUUCCAGUAAGUGAGUUUUCACACCUUGAAAAAAAGAGAUGGAGCAGAUAAAUAGAGUGACAGUUCCAGGUUCUGUACGCAAGCCUGCCUCUUAUUUCAACCCCAAAGCCAGCUUUGUUCAGCAUUACGUUCUUGCCUGUGAACAGAGUGUCUUAUUUGUCUUUCUGGAUGAUUGUUUUUUUUGUUUGUUGAGAAGAUAUCAUGGAUGACUAUAAGGGACCACCACGUGAACCGACAGCACCUCCGUACCCCGGCCCCCCUUUGAACCCAAACUUAUGGAGCAUCGAUUCCCAGUUAUACGGUGACUCUAACUUCCAAAGACAAGUCUAAGGAAGUAAAAGCCUACCACAGAAACUGCCUCUAUCUAUCUAUCUAUCUAUCUAUCUAUCUAUCUAUCUAUCUAUCUAUCUAUCUAUCUAUCUAUCUAUCUAUCUAUCUAUCUAUCUAUCUAUCUAUCUAUCUAUCUAUCUAUCUAUCUAUCUAUCUAUUUUUGGUUAUUAUUAUUAUUAUUAUUAUUAUUUGUUUAUUGUUUGCAUGUAUGAUGGUAUGUAUGUCUGUAUGUAUUGGUGUAUGUUUUCUAUGUAUGUAUUUUACUUUAGUUACUGUAGUUGUUUUUGUUUUCAUUUGUGUGUGUAAGUGCUCGCACCCUUUAAGCAGUUUCUAAACCCAACACUUUUGCCAAUACUCUAGUAGUUUUUUUUUUUUUUUUUUUGUAUGAAGUAUUGUACUUCUCUUCAUUUAACAUUGCAUCUGUUACCGGGUUAAAAAAAAAAAAAAAAAAAAGGCGGAAACUCUAAAAGGGCCCAGGCUUCCCGUCAACAGCAUGACUAGAGGCUAUUUCGCAGAUACCAUGUGAGGUAUCUAACAUACCAGAGAGUGAGGAACUAACAGGCGUGCUGAAUUCCCAGAAAUAGUUACCCUAGUAAAGCUUGACAUGCAUUCAUCCUUUCUAGGUUAAUUUCUCACUAGUGUAACAUUGCUUUCAAAUUCCUUUCCUACCUUAAUGGUACUUGAGAACUUCGAAAAAAGUCAUUCUGAUUGAGGAGAUGUUUGAUACUAUUUCCACCUCUUAGUAUUGCACAUAAACAUCCAGAAAGGCAUAAACAGAUUGUUCUUCACAAUAAUGCUGUACUGUAGUGGUACUCUAAUUUCUCAACAUAACCAUUUCAUUUUAGUACAUGUGCUUUACAAGUUUUUAAUUCUUUUUAUUCUUUUUUUUUUCUAAACUUUUUUUUUUUAUCAUCCUGUUAACUUUUCUCUUGUUGCUGUUUUCUCAGGUCCAGCUGCACACCCUGCUCACCUGAUCAACCCACAACAGUGCCAGGUCAUGCAGACUGGUAGGGUCCUUUCAAAAAUGUUCACAAAAAUCUAUAAAACUUUGCAAUCAUUAUUCUUCAUAAGAAAAAUCAAAGUUCAGUUUCAGGUGAUAAAGUGGAGCAGAGUGUUGUUGUUUCUUUAAGUGUGAUGUGUGUGUUUUUAUAGAGGCCUCAGGUGUGGUGAUAGCACAGUCACUCCCCACUGAUGUCCCUGGACGGAUGGUGUGUCCUCACUGCGAAAACAGUAUUAUUACUGAAAUCACGUACAAGAAUGGCCAGAACACCUGGGAGUUGUGUAUGCUGUUAGGAUUUAUGCUGUGAGUAAAAACUUACCUUACAGACAUAGAAGCACCCAUGAAAAUCCAGAUAUUCAGAUAGCUUUGUCAAAGAAACACAUACGUUUAAGAUGUAAAAACAAGUGUGUUAUAUGACUGCAUAUACUGCAAAAAUGAACAGGCUCUCUGACAGUGAAGUACACGAAAACAUGGUACAUAAAAGAAUGAUUAAAAAAAAACAUUAAACUAUUUAUCUUAUGUUUUAUUUAUUUAUUCUGAUGAUAACUUUUCUAAUUUUAAUAACAUCCAUUGAUCAACAAAAUGAUCUUGGAGACCAAAUCCAAGACAGGACCCCAAAUGUUGAGAUAUCAAUGAUUUAAAGGGCACAGAGUUGAAAGAGACUUUGAAAAAGUGUUUUGACUUUAUUUCUUUUCACUGUAUAAUAAUUUCUACUAUACAAACAACAAUGAUCUCAGUGGAUUUCAGUUUUGAACAUGUGGGUUCACUGGUAAUCAGUCAAGGGCACCACAUGCUGCUUCCUAUAAGCAGACUUACAAGGUUUAUAAAUCCACAUUGUUGUGCAGAUGAUUGAGCAUAUUUUUUAAUUUCAUUUUGUUCUAAAGGGACACUCUGGACAGUCAGACAUAUGUAAGUGUACCUGGUUUAGCUAAAAGGCAAUUUUUUUUAUCUGGUAGUCCCUCUACCUGAUGUUGUUUGGUUUUCUAGAAAUAAUUCUUGUUCAGUAGCACAACAUGAAUUAAAGGUGGGGUAGGCAGGAUCUGAGGAAGUGCCAGUUUUUGGAAGAAAUCUUGACUGUAAACUCUACCCCUCCCAACCAGUUUCCCCCUCAGCUCCUCCUCUCCCCUCCCUCUCUGCUCCAGCAAGUCCCGCCCACAAACAGACGCUCCUUCUCACUCGUAUCAUUCCAGUUAAAUUCAGAUAUAAUGUAGAUAAAUACUUCAGAUAAUUACAAAUGAGGCCCAGUCAACAUGAAAGUAAAAAGCAUUGGUGCUACUGUAGAUGCCAACAGACUACCAGCAAACACAAUGUUUGCAGGACUUCUACAACUAGGAUCAAGUGACAUACUCCAGGACCCGCAGGAUUCAGUUUAGUGGCACUACAACACACAGCAGGUCUCGUUUGACAAGAAACACUUCUGUUACAGACACUCGGCUUACUUUGUUAAAGUGGUUUACCUGUCCAGCAGAAAGGUUACAGGGUCUGUAACCCCCCCCCGUCAUACAUGCUUAUGUUGACCUCGCUUCUUAGCUCUUGUCCGGUCUAGCUCCUUUUUAAGCGCCCAUUAUUCCGCCUGAGUCUCCAGUAUUUACUUUGUUUUAUUGCUUGUGUUUUCCGUACUUCUGGUUGGUUUCUACUGUUCGAUGUUGUAGCAUGCUAACUUUGUCUGGGCUCGUGAACAUUAUAUUAGCAGCGUCCGCCUCACAACCAAUUAGGUCGGGGGAGGUGGAGAAUGGCUUUGUUUACAGUCAGAAAGAGCAGGCUGCUCAAAAACUUUAAAAUGUUGACUACACAGACAUAACAAAUCACAAUAUAUCGCAAUAUUGUUUAUCCCCAAAUGUCAUCAAUAACUAAUAGCUAUUGACUGAUAUUAAAAGUUUUUUUGUGUAUACACCACAAAAAAAUAUGCCGCUCUAACGGAAUCCUGCCUACCCCACCUUUGAGUUCGAUCAAAUUAAAUUAAAUUAAAUUAGAAAAAAGUUAUAUUUCAGUGUUACUGAAAUGUCAUUCUGAUCUCUCAUGUUAGGUGCUUGCCUUUCAUAUGGAUCCCCUUUUGCAUCAAGUCAUGUAAAGAUGUGGCGCACUCCUGCCCCAACUGUCAGAAAGUCAUACAUAUCCACAAAUCUUCUGUUUUGACAAAAGAGUGAACUGUUUUGGGAGAGAUAUGAAAUGAGAAGAGUCUGUAUUUUUGGUGGCACUGACUAUUUAUAUAGAAAGGAUAUUUAGUAAUGAAGCAUGAAUGGACAGUAUGGGGAGAGAUUUGAACCUUAGCAGGUGAACCAUUGUGUUGUGCUGAACUGUGAGAUGGUUUUGUCAAAUGAUCUUAGAGGUGAUUGAAGUGCUUGGAAAUCUUACAGUGCCAUGUAGAAGAAGAAGAAGAAAAAAAAACAGUUGUUUUGUUUUUGAUGUAAUCCAAAUUAAAAAGGACGACUUCUUCAUAACAUUGUAUAUAGUGUGUGUAUUUUUAUGUGUGUUUGUGCAAGAGUGUUUUUAUGAAGAAUGUCAACUCUUCAGUUCACUUACAGCUAUUCUGAGUGGUACAUCAUCUAUGUCCUAUUACCAAGAGCACAAUGAGGCAUAUAUAGAAAAUAAUAUAAACCUGUCUACCUGAUACAAAGACAAUGAAAUAUCAAUGUAAACACUGGCUGGGAGAAGACAGUUAGCACAGUGUAAUGAGGCCCUAGAGGCACAUUCACAAGUGCUAUCUUAAUAGUAAUGUAAAAUCACCUUUUUACUAGUGAACCUUCAUUUAGGAGAACUGUCAUUAACGAGAAUGGAUCUUGAUCAUGAAUCAUCUCACACUAUGAGUGAAAUCUUUAUUUGGUAAUGCUUCCUUUUAUUAAGAUUUAACCUUCAUGCAGUACACAAAGAAAAACUAGGCCAAUAGAUGAUCUUCAACGGGUAAAUUCAGUCAAAAAAAUAAGUCAAUAUAUCCUUUUUUUCAUGGACUUGUGUUAAGAGCGGCUAAUGAGAAAAGUAGGAUUCCAAUUUUUGCUUGAUUUAACGACUGACUUCACAUGCUUUUUUUUUUAAAGCCAGUGGUUGUAUUCUUAUCAGUUAGUAUUUUAACUUUUUUUUUUUUAAUAAAGAAAAGGAGACCAGGAAGAAGAAAACAUGAGUUGCAGGAACAGUGUCUUUUUGGGAGUGCUGAUUGAUUCAAUCUCCACUGGACAAUCAAAAAAAAAAAAAAAGAAAAAAGAAAAGGACAAAAGAUUUCUGAAUUCUAAAGACAAACAUACUCACAGUUUUUUAGGUCUUCAGACAAGAGUUGAGUGUAAUUCUCCAAGCAGACAGCAGGUAGAGACUGUCACACAUGACUCAGCUCCACAUCCUGUUCAAUACCAGGUGCACUGUUACAUGGCUGGUGACGCUUCCAUGGCAACAGAUUCCUUUCAGCUUUUCUAGUUAUACAUAUAAAUUAAAUCUUCCAAUUUAUGGUUGAGUUAAAAUACACUCAUCUUUUAUAAUUAACAUCAAACUGAAAAUUUUUCAACAAAGGUAAUUUUAUGAAAGUGAACAGUAUAUCAACAGGAAUAUUUAUUUUGACAUGUCUGUCUUUAUUCUGCUCUGCCUUUUCUUUGGGUGUUCCACCUCCAGACUAAAACGUCAUAACUUUUUACAUUCUAUUACCACAUUGCUAUUAUCACUACUCCUUAUGGGCUAAGUUAUGCUGCAGCAUUCAGCAAAUCACAAAUUCCUGUCACCAGCUCUGGGGUUGUUGUCUGGAUUGUAGGACAGUAUGGUUCUCCGCUGUUUCCUCCCAGAGGUUUGGGCCCAGUAACUCCUUUAGCUGCUCUCAUAUCCGUGCCUGUUGUUGUUAUUGUACAAUUCAAGACCAGGCUGAUAUAGAAACUAAAAGUUCACAACAAUACUUUCUUACUUAUGCUUGACUACAAUGAUUUCCAAUUGUUUUUCUCUUUUUCCAAGAGAAAGAUUGGCUACAUAAUUCCUCAAAAAUAGUAAGCUUCCCAAAAUUCAGCUUGGAGUUUUAGUUCUCCACUGGGAUCCACAUGUUUUUUAAUCACUGUGUUGUCAUGUGAUCAAAUACAAAGCUCCAUGAAAUCACAAACAAAGCAAAUUUAUAAUGUCAUGACUACAAAACUAUGCUGUGGCCACUAUUAAAGUUCUGUGAUUAGUAUGGACAUAAAAAAAUGAUACAGUUUUCUUCCAUGACACUUUACAAAACCAUAUCACAAGUUUUGAUAACUGCUGCCACAAACAAGUGUCAUAGUAUCUGUUAAAGUUUACUGUAAUAAAAUCCUUUUUUCAUGUUCCAUGGCAAUUAUUUACAGUGAUUGAUACAGUUGGUUGGAAAAAGGGUCAUAUGUUUAUACGGUCUAUUACAUGUAUUUGUUUAACUGCAUUUACGUUAAAAUUAAAUGUAAAACAAAAGCAAUGACACGACAAUGAUGAACAUAUUGAAAAUGCAGAAGGAAUAAAGACCUUUAGUUUGAAAAGAAAAAAAACUUUGGUGUCAGUGUCGCAAAACACAACAGUGAGAGAAGAAAGUUGUAGUGGACAAACAGCAUGUUAGCAUUAGAACAAUGACAUCAAGAAAUUCCUUAAAUACUUCAUGGACGACCUGCGACCACAUGCCUCUGGUCACACAUGGUGCUCCACCUUCUCUCAGGCGCAUUAUAGUCACAUUAGCCCGGUGACUUCCUCAUUUCACUUCAUUCAUCAGUGGGAGACGGAGUAACACCCAGCCACACACCUUCUUUAAAGUCUUCACCAAGGUAAGCUACUUUUUAUCCUUUCUCAGACUAGAGAAAAUGAAGCAAACAUCAAAGUAAAAAGACAUUGUCAGGUUUCCUUUAUUGUAAGUUCCUCCUGUGGAUUAGGUUUACUCAAUCUGUUUUUCAAAUAAAAAGUGUUGCUGUGUUCUUUGUAGAAAAAAAAAUACAGUGUGUUCAUAUAUAAUUAUAUUUUGAUUUUGAUGGUAAAAACAACUGAAUAAACUCAUAAAUGAAUGACAAACACAUCAUGUGCUAUCUCCUAAUUUGCAAUGAGAUAAUUUAGCAACAGUAGAUCAGGUUUUCACGUGGUAAUCAAAGGAAUUACUGGACCCUUCAAAUGUGAAUCAAAUGUCAAGCGAGAAUCAAAUAUGAGAAAACUUUGACUUCGGUUGUUGAGUAUGAUUGUCAGAAAAAUUUGUUAUCUUUUUAACAUUUAUGGGAAGCUUUAUCGCACUGCUGUUUCAGGAAAGUCUGUUUUGAUGUAUGAUCAGACUUUAUCUUGUCAGACAAGAUCUGUCAUCCCUCUCACUUCCUUGUUUAUUAUUUUUUUCCACUAAGCCACCAGUCCUGCCCUUUUUUCUUUGCUGAAUGAGCUUGAUAAAUGCUUCUGAAAACAGACGUCACAGGCUGCACAAAUCCAACAAAGAUAAAUUGAGAAGAAAAUGAACGACUUUUUGAUCACUGACCACAUAUCAGGAGGAAUUCAGAAUACUGCAGCUUUAAAUUGUCUAUAAAAUAUCAAAGUUUCCUCUUAACCCAAAAAUACAGUAUCAGUUCUUCAAAGCACAAAACUGUCAAAAAAUAAAUAAACUCAAUCACUAGUAACAAUCUUAAAUCACAACUAAGGGAUUGAAAGAAGCUUCUGGCAUAUUGUGUAAAAUAUUUGUAUUUUGCACUUAUGUAAAACAAAUUCUGAAAAAGUUAGUAAACAGUAGAAGAUUCAGGAUUCAAUAGUUUGUAAAAAAAAAAAAAGAUUAAAAAAAAGUGAACCCUGUAUUUGAUCAAAAAUAGUCCAAAGACAAUUAGUUCAAAGACAACAUGUCAGAAACUGUUGUGAAAAUUAUAUUCCAGUUUUAAAGAGUAUGCCAGCAGUACAUUUUAAAAAAUCAGGACAGCCGCAUGUUUACUAUUGUGUUGCAUCACUUUUUUUCUCAACACUUUGUUCAUGCAAGGGAACCAAGUGGAGCAGUUUCUGGAGUUUGGAAAGUCAAAUGUUUUUACUUCCUAGCAUGAUACAGGUUUGAUCAUGCUGCUGAUUUCAGCUGCUCAGUUGACCUGGUCUCCUUUUCUGUGGUUUGAUUUGUCUUAUUUAAGUUGUUCCAAAUGUUUUCAAUGGGUGUCAACUCAGGGCUGCAGGUAUUUGUGUAAUCCAGGCGGAAUGUUGUUUGCAUGUCUUAGUGGUACAUGCAGAGUCUGCCCCAUAAUAAUAGGUUGCCUGGAUGGCUACAUGUAGCUCCUGUUAAUAAUAUUCAGCAUUAAUGGUGCCCGGCCCGCUCAGAUGCAAAGGCACCUGUACAUAUCCAUGCUAUCACAGCUUUUGGCUUUUGAGCUGUAUGCUGAUAAUAUACCAGGUGGUCCAUCUCCUCGUCCAGGUGGAGGAUGAAACCCCAAAGAAAUGUCAAAUAUGGGUUUGUUAGGCCACAUGACAGUUUUCCACUUUGCCUCAGCUCACCAUAUAAGGGUUGGGGAAAUGUUGACGUUUUCCUUGCGGCAUAGAGCUCUUUGCAGUUGUUCACUGAGGAACGUCACUCCUCGUGCAGUCUCUCACAUAGGUGUUGUUUUUAUCACCUGUUUCAAUUGUGUUUAUUGUUGAAUUCAGGUGUUGCAUCAAAAAACUGCGGCCUCUGUGCUUGUUUAGGUUCUCUGAAUCUGCAGUCUGUUUGUCAAACUCAGAACAGUUUUCUCCUCAUUUGCUUGAAAUUUGUGUUUUUGCUUGUUGUUGUUUUCUUAAGGUGCAGUGCUUUUAUCAUCCUCAGCCCCCACAAAGCCUGCUGAAACUUUUCUUGGAGCCUUACACAACACACUUACACAUGAGCACACCCAGUCUGAGGCAGCCAAAGGGCUUGGUCACAUCUUUCUACAGCCAAACAGUGGAGGAUAUUCAGCACUGUUUGUCUCUUUUGUGACUGUGAUUAGAAUGUGUGACUGAUAUAAUGCUGACCACAAGGAAUUAUGGGAGUUUAGGUCAUGUAAGAGGAAGGACUCUCACACUUAUUUCUGUUUGUUGUUUCACUUACUUAGUUGGUCUACAAUGUUAAAAUACAAUGCCACCAAACCACUCUUGACAUGUUGUCUUGAAAUGCUCUUCGACUUGAUGAGCAGGUUUUCAAACUUAAAAAAAAAAAAAAAAGGCAUGGUGCAAAAGUGAAGAGUGAAGCUCCCAGGUUUUGGUCUGUACACAAGUCCAACCCCCUAUUUUAAACACCAAACCUGCUCUGUUCAACAUUUACCCUCCAGCCUGUGAACAGUGUGUUUCUUGUUUCUCUCUUUUCUCUUUCUCACAAAUGUAUCGUCCAGUUCCUUUUAGGGAUAACAUGGAAAAAGGACAGGGUCCCCCUCCUGGAAUGGCAGCACCUCCAUACCCCGGCCCCCCUAUGAACGUUGAUGCUGGACCCUAUCAUUCUCAGCCUGGUAAGAACACAAAACCUUAUCUGUGUCUUAUAGCUUCUAUUUUUUUCUUUUUCAAUGCAGGGUUGCUCUCAUCUCUUGCUCUCAUUUCAUUGUGGUCCAUGUGGUUGAAUGUUUUAUGGGAGGCUGUUCAUCAUUUUAUUCGUUAAUCCUCUCUCAUGCUGCCUUUUUCAUUUCCAGCUCAACCUGUUUACCAGUACAGCCCACAACAGCCUCAGAUUGUACAGCCAGGUGAGGGUCUCUCUUACACAAUUCUCAAAAACUGAAUAAAAAAAAUGUUAUUAAAAUUCCUGUAAGUACAAAAAACUUAAGUUCAGUGUCAGGUCGAUAAAGUAGAGUAGGUUGUGUGUGGUUUUUUUCAGUGGGAUGUGUUUAUUUCUUCAAGUUAAUCAGGUGGUGGUGGUGCAGCAACUACCCACUGAUGCUCCUGGACAGAUGAUGUGUCCUCAUUGCCAAACCAGCGUUGUUACUACAACUGAGCACAAAAAUGGUCUGCUCACUUGGUUGAUCUGUGCCGGACUAGGAGUCAUCAUGUAAGUAAAAACCAAACAUGGAAAUAAACACACUCACCCAUGUAAAUUCAGAUUAGCAGUGAAACAUCACACAGGAAUUUGGAGCAACUUUGCUGAAAAAGAAAAAAGUGUUUCCUGGCAGCUCUUAAAUAAAUAAAAUACACAGGUACAGAUUAUUAUUAUUAUUAUUAUUAUUUUUUGGGCAAAUAAUUGCAUAUUUUCAUUUUUUUUUUGUAUGCCUGAGAGUUUAAAACUGGGACCCUCAGAAGAGCACCAAAACUGCAUUGUAGAGUUAAGGAUGAUGUACAAAUCCAGUGACGUUUUUGAGACUUGAUGCACUGUGCAAUGACAAUUUUUUCCAGUGUCUUUAGGUUAGGGCGCUGUGUAAAAUGUCCAUUAAAGCAACUUUUGAUGGGUUGCAAAUCUUUGAAACUCUUUCUUCUUCUUCUUCUUCUUCUUCUUCUUCUUCUUCUUCUUCUUAUUAUUAUUAUUAUUAUUAUUAUUAUUAUUAUUAUUAUUAUUAUUAUUAUUAAUUUAAAUGCAGGGAAAGUACAUCAAACUAAGUUGAAACUAAAAAUAUAUGCCUACUUCAAAUUAAUAUCAUGUAGCAUAUAUCAAAUAAGGUUGGAUAGCAUCAUGUUUUCCAAAGCUGCUGUAAACAUUAGGGACCCAAAGACACCAGCUUCUGAAGUUUUGAAAAAAAAAGUACAUUUCCAACUUCAGCCCCACUCAUUUUAGACUAAAGAAGCCUUUUGGAAGAGGCGAAAUGUCUUCAAGAACCUCAAACAAGUCCAGUUUCUCUUUCAACACAAAACUGGAUAACCAGGACCUGGACAAAUGACAACCUAAACACAAAUGUCACCUGCAGAAUUUCAAGGGUCCCACCAUCCAGGGCCUCCUUUUUCCUAUGCCACAAUUGCUGGCUCUUAAACUGCACACUCAUGAUAAGUUGAGGGGUCUGUGACAACCAUGAUUUCAAAGAAGACUCUCAAAUAAUGAGUCAUGGGCUCAGAUCCUGUGGAGUUGCUGGCAUUUUUCUAUUAUGUUAAUUUAUGGUUUCCUCGUUUUGGGGAGUUUUCACCAGCAUUUGUAGAUGCAGCAAAAAGCAAUCCACAAGCCAUUCUUUGGACAAGGUUCUUAGCCCAUGCACUGGCUUCCACUGCAGAGUCAUACAAUUCAAUAAUGCAGUGCGUGCAAAUCAUGACCAUCCAGUAUUGGUCUUCAGCCUUGCCCCUUUGGUACAAAGAUGUCCUUGGAUUCUCUUAAACUUUUACUGAUGUUAUACCUAAACCCACAGGCUUUAAAUGGCACUUGGCUAUAUCAUCAUAUGUUUUGGCCACUCCUUUUCUAGUUUAUUCAUUGUUUGAUAAUAAUAACUACAGUGCAAACAGCAAUGAAGGUCACAAUGGUUUCAGUCUCCACCCUGUUUGUUCAGGUUUCAUCACUGUCAAUCCAUCAGGGAAGUGGACACUCCAUGGCACGUUGUCUUUAAGCGGUCUAAUAUGGUUUAAAAAGCACUCAUUAUUGUGCGCACGUGUUACCUAAUAAACUUGACUUUAAUAUCACACCAGAUGCUGGCCUUGCUGUUUGAUCCCCUUCUGUGUGGAUGCCUGCAAAGACGUGGAGCACACCUGCCCUACUUGUCACCAAGUCCUGCAUGUCCACAAACGUAUGUGA